CGGCCGCCGUCCGACCGACUACACAACACGCGCGUCUGUCGCCCUUAUCGAUUUUCCGAACGGGGCCGAACAGGCGCUCCGGUUGUUGUGCCGCGGUCUUUAGUUCCGGCGUCCCAUCCACCGCGGUCGGAUCCGACGCGUUCGUUCGUCGCAAUAAAGCCCCGCCGGACACGGGCGAAACGACGACGACGGUGCACCGUGCAGUUGAGUCUUAUGUAACUGCACUGCUCGUGGAUCGCCCGCUCCGCCACUUGACCACUGUGAGAACAAAAUAUUUACAUAAGUUUGUUUAUCAGUCUAAUCGGCGCUGGCAUCACACUCACCCCUACGGAAUUCUAUAACCCGUACGUAUUAUUUUAAGUCAUCGAGCCUAAAUACUUACCGCUGUAAAUACUCGAAGCAAAUUAAUUAAGUAAUAUAUUAUAUUAUUGUGUGCGCUAAGCCCGGAUUAAGGAUCAAUUGGGCCUCGAAACACCACUGCACAAUUAGCACGUCACUUUCAACUCAAACAAUUUUACUACCACAAUUUUACGGUUGUAUAUAAUUGUAAAAUUUUAUACCAUACAAAUUUAAAAAUUAAUAAUUAUGUACACCUUAUAUUUGUUUCCAUUACUUUUUCUUUUGCUAAUUAUUGUAAAGUCUCAUUAAAAUCGAUCAAUUACAAAAUAUAUUUUUCUAAUACUUUAAUUAUUUUACACUUUCUUGAGUCUGUAGCCUUGUCCUAUAAUUAUUUUCUGAUCAGCCCCCCUUAUACAAAACUCCAUCAAAAAAAAAAAUAUAUUAACAGAAGGAUAAUGCUGUAGGACACUCUGUAUGUUUAAAAUACGUAAUACUUAUUCAAAUUUUAAAACAUUUUAUUGUUUUAUUUUUAAAAAAUGGGAAUUUUUUUUAGAUUCUGAGUAAGGCGAGGAAUGUAUUGGUUUUACAAUGAUGUUUUUUUAUCUGUGAACAACUUUUUUACCAGUAAUUUUGCUCCGAUUUACAUUGUAAAACAUUUUUUUUUAAAGGAAAUAUGAAAGAGGAGGUGCUUUAGGGAGGUUAUUUUUUCAUUUUCCCAAUAAUUUGGAAAACCCGGAAAAAACUUAGGAAAAACGGGAAAAUAAGUAAAAUAUUAAACAAAUAUUAUUAAAUAAAAUGUUUAAUGCAUAUUGUGUAAUAACUAGCUGUCCCGUGUCCGGUGUUGCCCGUGACAAUUUAUAUUAUUAUUAUUUUACCCAUAUUCAUUUUUGGUUUUGACCCUGUUAGAAUUGAAUGAAAACAAAUAGAUGGAAAGUGGGUAGUCCACCUUCGGUGGAUUAAAUGUGUUCUAUUGUAAAAUUUGAAUAUUUAAAUAAUAGUAAUAAUAAUAAUUAUAAUAGUUUUCUUUUUCAUGGCAACCCUUGAAUAAACAAAAAUCUUAUAUAAAUAAAACAAAGUCGGGUUAGUUGCAUCAUUUAUAACUUAAGAACGCUGGACAGAUUUUGACGAUCACAUAGUAUUUUUCGACUAAUUUCUAAUAAUAAUUAAUCACCAUUUUUUUUCAUCCCUGUUACCGGCGUAACACAAAUCGACAAAAAAAUUUGUACUUAUUAAAUUAUAAGCUAAAUUAUUUGGGGUUGCUCGUAUAUAUAUAUAAACGAAAAUACUAAAAUCUCGAUUAAAAAAUAAUGGGUGGCGGUAGGAGGGUGAAAAAUACUUUACGAUCUAUUCUCAGACCUACCGAAUGUACACAAAAAAUUUCAUGAAAAUCAAUUAAGUCGUUUCGGAGGAAUUCAAUAAUAAACACUGUAACUGGAGAAUUUUAUGUAUAAGAUUUUACCGUAAUAUGACAUAUAUAUUGUUGACAAAGCAUGAAUAUCAACCAAACUCUGCUCAGAAUCGUCAGAAUUGCGUUAGAAAUAUAUACAUUAAAUUUCCUUUCUACCAUCCCAACUUCCCACCUACAAUACUAGCUGCACCAGUCUCAAUUAUCCUUUGAUAGUUUUUUCACUUCUUUAGUGUAACUGUCAAAUAUAAAAUAUCUAUUAUAUCUAUAAUAAUAAUAAUAUAAAAGACAAUUUUUCCAAACAGAAAUAUAAUUUUUUUUAAUCACCAUUUAUAUUAUAAUUAAAAUACAUACAGGGUGAUUCACUAAGCGUGCCUAAUCUAAUUCUGAUAUUUGGAGUUUUUAAGUGUAGUUAAAGCCAAUAUUUUCGAUCACUUAGAUUAUUCACGACAUUUAAAGGAGUAUCCUUUGGCGAUACCAACUUUUUAAAUUAGAAUCUAUAUUAUAAAUUCUAUAAAUAGAUGGAGUAUUACUUUAAAUGAAUGUUGGUGUCAACAUUUUUGAUUUCCAUCAACCCGUUAACGAGAUAUUCCACUUUUAAGUUUAGGUAGUAGGAGAUAAGUGGAGUAUUAAUUGUAUGACGGCAUGGCGCACGGCGUUUUAUUAGUAUUUAGGUUAGGUUCAGAAUAAUUUUGUAGUUCAAAGUAAACAUAAAUUAUUAUUAGCGAUAAAUUUAAGCUCAAAUCGUUCAUUUUUAUUAAUAAAUUUGUCAACGCAUUUUCAUAAAUUUCUUUUGUUUUUUCCGUUAGUAAAAAAAAAAGACGGAUAUACUGCGUACAAUGGACCACUGUUGUAGGUGGGAAGUUGGGAAGAUAGAAUAUAAAGAGGAAUUCGAUAUAUAUCUGUACAUAACGAUUAAUAUACCCUAUCGGAAAACGAUUCUGAACAGAGUAACGGCCGUAAUAUUUACGAUUUUUGUUAAAAUUUGAUAUUGAAAUACUUAUAAAAAAUAAAAUAUACUACAUUAAACUCAACUUUUUUUUCUUAACCACUAAUUACAACAUACAAUAAACCUCCUAGUCAAUUUUCAAGCAUUUCUGUUGGGUAUAUCUACCGAAUAAAAAUUAAAAUGUCUAUAAACAGCUCAAAAAUGGCUCAAAUGUUUUAAAAAUAUAACCACGUUUAUAAAUGGAAAAUAUCAGGUUGCUAACUAAAUAUCACUAAAUACAUUUUAAACUGAAUUACAAUAAAAAACAAAAUUUGUCCUACGUUUUUUCCCAACUAUUAUGAAAACUGCACGGAAAUCAAAAAAUUACUUCACAAAAGAACUAGCUAGAUAAAAUUCCGUUUCAGAAAGGAUACUACACUUGAUACAUCGAAGCAAGAUUUCUGGUAAAAUUUUUGUAGAGUAUAAAAAAAAAAAUCUGACAACUUUUGAAUAUACCGCUGACAAACAAUAUUUCGCACUCAUUUAAAUAUUUUUAAUAUUCUUGUGUUGUAAAAGCUACAAUUUUUUUUUUUCGUGAUUAUUAAUAAAUACAAAUUCUUCGUUUCGAUUAGUUUUGAUGUUCAAAUUAUCUAAAGCUGUAUGAAAUUCAAUCAAAGUAUCUGGCAGUUUUGGAUAAAUGCUUGAUCAGAUAUAAUAUAAAUUGUUUAUUACACGCGUGUAGUGUCAUCAGCUGUGGUCCAUGUACUAAUAUCUUCCUGCUUUAAUAGAGUUUACGAUGCAGUAUUUUAUUAGGUUUUUCAAAAGGAUAGUCUUCAAAUUUACGUUUUAAAUUAUUACACACCUAUUUUCCAUUUAUUUUUUGUUGGUCAUAAUCUCUGUUAUGAUUGUGAUCUAUAUUAUGGAAUAUAACUUUAUAUUCACUAUUUAAUUUUAUAUGAGUCUUACACGAACUUUUGCAACAAGCCCACCUUUCAAUAUCAUUGCACAAAAACUUUUGAAAAUUAAAUUUAAAAUCUUCAAUUACAAAUUGUUUUUAGAUUCUGAGUGGAGCCUAUUGAUCAUAGAGUAUAUUGUGAGUAUACGGCACUCGUGGUAAUCCUGUAAAAUUUUUUUUCUUCAUUUAAAUGAAAAUCAUACAUGGCACGCAAUUCAAACAGACCUCUGUAUAGAGGUGCAGCCUUAAUUACAUACUAAUUGCGUCCUGUUUAUAUUUUGUAUUAAUUGUAUUAUUUAUAAAAUAUAUAUUUUGUGACUUUAAUUUUUAAUCAAUUGGUUUAACCUAAAACCUAGUUUUAUAUAAAUUGUACAAAUAUGAGAACAAUAUCAAUAACAAUAAAUAUAGGUAUUAUUUAGAAAUGAAAAUAAUAUUGAUUUAAUAAACUUUUCAGUUGUUGAUUGUGCUUGUCCUUGCUAUUAAAAUAAUAAUUUAUAUUAGAAAUGGAUAGUAUUUAAUAUGUAUAACGAAAAAGGUACAAUUUGAAUGGUUAAAAAUUAAUAUCGAAGAAAAAGUACAGUUCAGAUAAAAUAAACGAAAGUAUUUGUAAAAAAAUAUUAUAUAAAUUUAAUAAAAUUAAAAAAUUGUAUAAACAUUUAUUUUGACUUUUCAAUAUUUAAUAAAUUGUUUAUCUUUGAUAUUUAUAUGCAUACAUUUUAACUCUAAUAUUAUAUUGAUGAAAACAAUAUUUAUAUCAAUCAUGAUUCUUUAUUAUUAUGAAUAUAUUAUAAUAAUGCUUAAAUUAUGAAUGUGUACUUAUAUAGAAAUAUUGUAACUCUAUAGUAAACCUUCUAUUUAUUAGAAACGCAAUUGGUGCAUACUUUUCUGUUAACAGAAACGGAAUUAGUAUAUCCCUUUUUUUUAACUGGUACAGAAUUAGUAUAAAAACAGGUUGGAAUUCUCGUUACAAAUAUCAGAUGCAGCCCUUCGGACAGCUAUAGGUAUAUGCUCAUAUGAUAUUUAUAUAAUAUAAGUACAUAUUUGUUUAGAAUAAAUUUUGUGUGUCAUUUCAUGAAUAUAUGAAUACAGGUAUCUGAGUAAUAAAUGCAAUAACUAUUAUUCGUAAAAUCUAAUUUGUCAAUGGUUUGUAUGAAAAUAUAAAAUAUAUACAUUAUACAUAUUCGCUUUUACGCCCAUAUAAGGUCAAGCCGGUCAAAGUAAAUAUAUUCACGUCCACACUAUUUAUUAUAACAGCUUACUUAACACGCUGAAUGUUUUCAUGUAACUGCAUGAACUGAGUAAUGGGUUUCAAAAAUAUUUAAUGUUUAUUUACUAAUAUGCUGUAUAAUGUAACAUAAUAUUUCAAAGAAAAAAUCAUAAACUAUUUGUAAACGAUAAAUAUAAGAUAUAUAUAUAUAUAUAUAUAUAUAUACAUAAAUGAUAUAUUCAUGAUUCAUAUUGGUAUCAUAUUAAAACUAUAGUAUUAUAAUAUAUAGUCAUUCUUAAAAUCUAUAAUAAUGAAUGUAUACAAUGUCGGCUCAUGGUCUCAUAUAGUAGUGUAAUCAAAUUUCAUAAGUUAACCCUCCCCCUAAACCAAAAAAAAAUAACCAAACUAAAUUAUUAUGGUAAUUUAACAUUUAGUUUAAACAUUUAAGUUUUUAGUUGUGCUGUGUCGUCAGUUCAAUUAAUUUUAGAUUCGGAGCGUAACGAUAGAUCUAUUGGAUUGACUACGAUGUGUGUGUAUUUUUUUUUUUUGUGUCUGUGAACCCACUUUUUUACCAGAAAACUUGCUUCGAAGUUUAGACUAUAGCACCUUUUAGAAAGAGUGAUUUUCUCUCGUUAGUGCAUUGAAAAGGUUAUUUUUUGAUUAGUAUUAUUUUUUUUUUUUAUAACACUUAAAAUCAAAUAUUGAUAAAAAUCGUAAAUAUUACGGCUUUUCAAAACUUGUAUAACCGAACUUCACUCCAAAUCGUUUUUCGUUAGCAAUGAUUUAUAGUUAGUUGCAGUUAUAUAACAUUUAAUAACUUUAUGUAUCCCACUUUCCCAACAACUCACCUACAAUAGUGGCCAUACCCAUCCCCAAUAUCAAAUUUUUUUUUUUUACUAUACAUCAUUAGGUACUUAUCAUGCAUCAUCUAAGCACAAACCGUCAUUGAAUAUAUAUAUAUAUAUAUAUAUAUACAUAAAGGUAUAGUACAUAACUUACUGAAAAUUACAUUAUUUUACUAUUUUAUAAUAUAUUAUAAUUUAAAAUGUAUAAACUAUCGAAUAACCAAUCAAAUUUUAAAGCAAACGCUCGUUAACGUAUAGUAUUAUCUUUUUUGAAAAUUUAAGACUCGCACAAUUUUUAAAGUUAAUUAUAAUCCAUCAUACACUAUUUUGACCAUAUGUGAUAUUUUGUGAGGGAAUCAGCUAGUGCAUUGAUACUUUCACAGUAUAAUGAUAUUGUUCUGCUCUACAAAAAAUCACCAUGUAAGACAUUUAGAACUCUGAUUAUAAACGAUGUAACAUAAACGUCGAACAGUAAAUAUAAAUGUAAUGUAAUAAGGGUAUACAACCCACUACAUAUAUACAACCCACUGUGAACAAAAAUACACGCACGUAUAAAAUGUGACGACGGUGGUGUCAUAAGUACCAUGACCCACAUCCAUAUAAUAUAUUGUGUAUACAAAAGACCCCAUGUAAAGAUGCUCUGCCAAGAAAAAAAUAUUUUGCAGCCUAUUGUAGUGAUUUUGGUGUUUUGCCUUAGGAAGAACCAAUCAGAUAUUCGGAUGACUUUUUUUUUUCGCUUAAACCUAUAAAAUUCCUUCGUCUACUCUGUAACUACACGUUAUAUACAUAAUACGACCUAUUACAUACACACUCAUAAAUCAUAUAAUUAUCAGAUAUUCGUCGGUAUUUUGUAUCACUUAAAAUAAGGAAUAUUUUAACAUAAACGUAUUGUAGACAAUCAACAAUUCAUCUGAGGGGCACCGAGGGAUCAGAUAGGAUCAUAUCCCGUAAAAUCCGCCACUCUUAUAUUAUAAUAAUGUAACCCGCAAGUAUACACAAUACACAUAAUAUAGGUACUAUAUAAUAUAUUAAUAGUGUCGUUAUAAUAUUAACCAUUAACAUAUUUGACAAUUAAAAUAAAAACCAUUUGGACCGCAUGUCAAUUGGUUGUAUGCAGUCAACACACGAAAAACACUGGGUACUUUAACAUACCUGCCUAUACUGCGUGCGUUAUUGUUAUCGUUACUAUACACCAGGUUUUCCGGUGUGUAACACGCAUUUUAAAAACGCUACCUCUUGCAGCAUGCGUACCAGUAUUUUAUGUAUUACGUGUAGGUACGCUACAUGAUAUUAUAAUGCUGUCAACAUCAAACCGGGUAACUAAAAUAUUAUAUUAUACGAUUUUAAUAUAUGUGUGUACGAAAAUGUUAUAGAUUUCACGUGCUGGAAAAUGUCGGACGGGACGAACGCGUCCGGAGAGGAUAUCCGGUGCAGGCGUCGUCGCCGUCGUCGCAGGCGGAUCGUUAUCGUUAUUGUCGUUGACCGUAGACCGUAGUACCGGCCACAGCGCGGAAAAAACGCUUGCGUACUCCGAGCGUUCGGGCGCGUACGAUGGGUAAUCUGCAAAGCUCUACGCCGUCGUCGCGUGGAGGCGGCGGUGGCUCGAAGAGCCGGAACAAGAGGCCGUCGGUAACCGGCACUCGGGAUUGGCUGAUGGGGAGCGCGGCGAGGGCGCUACGGAAACCAGUUGCGCCGGCGGCCGUGCAGUCCCAGGUGGAGGCGGUGGCGGUGGUUGCGGCGGCAGGUCACGUGACCGUGACCAGUCGUGACCUCCACCGGCAGCGGACUCCCCCGGCCCGCGUCGAUGACGAUACCGAUCAUCAUGCAGAUGAGCAGCAACAACUGCACCGGCAGGAGCACCAUCGCUGCCGCCGCUACAACGACGACGACGACGACGACGAGUCCGGCAGUUCCUCGGAAGAGGAAGACUCCUCAGUGUUCGCCGACACGCUGACUAGUCCGCAGAGCGUGUACUCGGACGCCAGAGACGACGACAGUACCGCGCUGAACACCGCCACUAUCAUGGUGGCGAACGGCGGCGAAACGCUCGGCGGUAAUACCGGGCGCACGGCCGCCACCCACCAGGCUUUCACUAUCGUCAAGCACCGCAAAGUCGAAUUGAAUCCAACUAAAAUACAAACGGCCGUCGCUAAUGGUAAGUCAGUUUUUCAUUUUCAUAAUACAGAUAAACCAAAACAUUUAGUUAACUAAGUAAUAGGUUACUCUCUCGCUCUUACCUUUAUUAGAUCAAAAUAUAUUAUACCUAUUACUAUUUACUUUAUAUAUAUAUUUUAAAUAAUCAAUAUAAUAUUAUAAAUGUAUUUAUUUAUUACAAUUAAAUUAUUAUCUCAAUAAACACCGAUGUUGCGAUACUGAAAUAAUAAACACCGAUUAAAUAUUCAUAAAAAAAACAUCACAUUUUUAAAAUAAAUUUAACACUGAGUGUUUAUAUAAUGUACUUUGUAGGUAGUUUAUUAUAACUAUUUAUAUUCCAUUAUCAUGAAUAUGAUUAGGCAUACAAAUAUUUUUCUACCACCAGAAAAAAAAAAAUGUUAGUACAGCUAUAGACUAUAAUUGUCACGAAAUAUUUGUUUAAUUAUUUUAAAAAAAUACAUCGUGAAUUAUUAUUUUUGAACUGUAAAAAUAAUUGUUUAAGUUUUAUAGUGGAUAUCAUUUUAUUUUAAAAUCUCCGGCUAUGAUACAUUUUAACUAUUUCACAGAAAAACAAACCGUACACAUUUUAAAAUUUCAUAAAUUUAGGUGAAUUUGACCACAUUUUAUCAUAAUUUUACAUUUUUAAACCUCUAAAAUAUAUUUUCAAAAUAAAAAUGAAUUGUCUGUGAUAAGGUUGCAUCUUUUAAUUUUACAUAAUAUGAUGUAAUACGAGAUGUUAUAUAAUAUUAUAAAACAAUAUUACACCAUAAUUUAUUCAAAUGAGAAAUUUUAAAUUAAACAAAGUGAUUUUAUAAAAUAAUGGCAUUUUACUAAAAUUUAAUCAAUUUUACCCGAAUUAAGAGAUAUACAUAUUUGAAUUCUGUUUGGGUGAAGGAAUAAUACCAUAUUAUAGGAAAAUGUAUAGUCUAUUUUCAUGCCAAGGUUUUACUAUGGGGUCUAUGAGGGAUAGAUUACAUAUGAAUACAAAAUGGUGUAGUAUGAAUAAUAUAUUUAAAUCAAGAAUGCAGAACUUUUUAAUCAGUGAAAAAAUAGUACCUAAUUCAAGGGAAUCCAAGUAAGAAUAAUUUUAUAAAUUGCACAUUUUUAGAAGUUUGAUUUCAUUAAAUAGGGCGAUCACACCCCUUGACAACCGUUGGUUCCGCCACUGAUGCGACGGUACAUAUUUUGCCUUUUUAUCAAUAUGCAUUUUCAUUAAUAUUUAAACUUUAAACGCUAAUUAAAAAAAAAAUGACUACAUUGCACUGAACUUAUUUUUUCCACUAAUUGCAACUCAUGAUAAACCUUGUAUUAAAUUUUCACUGGCCCAAAACAAUUUAAAUCACAUAAACCAAAUAAAAUCCUAAAAAACUCAAAAAUUUCAAAUGGCUGUGAAUAAAUGGCUUUAAAUAAACUGAAUGAUUGUCAGAAUGUUUUGAAAAUUGUACCAUUUCUGAAAAUAAAUAUAAUCAUAUAUUCAUUGAAAUGUCCGCCCUUUACGAUUGUUUUUCAUUGAAUAAACAAUAAAUAGAAUAUAACAUGAACCGUUACUGUUUAAAUGUAACAGUUAAAAGUUUUUCCGGUGUUUUUUCUUGGAUUUUCUCCAAAAAGUUCCUCAUUACAUCAGCAAGACAAACAAUUUAUACUAAUAACUAUCAUCUCUAAAGUUAAUGAUUGGAGCAAGAUUUCUCAUAUAAAAGUUAUUCAUAUACAGAAAUAAAUUACAAAAAUAUAUCAUAGUAGAUAGUAAUAGACAUGAGUCAAAAUAAAUAUCAUUAAGCCUGUUAGUUAGUCUGCAGUAAUGUUGUUUUCAAAAAUUAUUAAUUAUUGAAUUAUGUUUAAAAAUUAUUAGUGUGGAGGCAUGGGGGCAAAGUCCUCCAUGAGUUAGCUUAAUAUUAUAAUUUUAAGUCUUAUAUAUUCCUUCUUUUAUUUUUCGAACACUGGGUAGUAUAAUAGGUACCGGGUACCAUAUAUAUAAUAUAACCCAUAUAUAAUGUUAACGUAUAGCUUGAAGACCACACAAUAAGGCACAAUUACAUAACACAGUAUCCAUUAUUAUACAAUGAUAUAUAUUAUUAUAAUAAUCAUCGUGGUACGGCUAAAGAAAUAAGUAUCAUUUUCAUGAAAAUAGCUGACCGAAGUCCGCAGGUCGUGUACACACAUUCGGCCUGCAACAACGGUAUAAUAACAAACUAAUAACAUGUAUUUGCGCGUAGGAGGGUAAACGUUACAGAGAAAUUUACUAUAUAUUAAAAAACAAUUACCUUUACAUACACGAGUCUUCAUAACAGUACCUCUAUGGUUUUUUUCUUUUAUAAUUUACACUUUUCGUGCGAAGAGACGAAUAUUUUUUAAUAUCUAAAGGUUUUAUUCACUAAGCGUGCUCACUCCAAUUUUUUGGUUAAAUGUUGCAUUUAUUAAAAUUCUGAUUUUGGGAAUUUUUAAGUGUAGUUAAAACUGAUAUUUUCUUAUAUUUUCGUAACAUUUAAGGAGUAUUUUGUGGUGAUACCAACUUUGGUUUUCCAAAUUAAAACCUAUAUUAAAAAUUCCGUAUUAAAAUAACUAAUAAAACGCCACGUGCCGUGCCGCCACACAUUAUACUUCAAUAAUCUUCCCCUACCUAAACUUAAAAGUGGAAUUUUUCGUUAAUGAAUUAAUGAAAAUCAAAAAUGUUGACACCAAAAUGUAUUUAAAGUAAUAAUCCAUUUAUUUAUGGAAUUUUUAAUAUAAGUUCUCAUUAAAUAAACUUAAGUUGGUAUCGCCACAUUAUACUCCUUAAAUGUUGUGAAAAAUCGAAAUGUGUUCGAAAAUAUUGGCUUUAACUACACUUCAAAAUUCCAAAAAUCAGAAUUUAAUAUAUGCAAAAUGUAACCAAAAAAAUGAGGUUUUGUUUUCAAAAUUUGAAUCCGUCAAUUCUAAUCCUUACAAUGUUAUUUGGCUUUUUUUCCAUAGAUUAAUAGAAAAGACUAAAUUUGAAAAACUGUUCCAACUCUCUUGCUACAUCCCCUCCCAUUGAAUAUCCCUGGGCUCGCCACUAUUAAUACCUAUCUUUAAACCUUUUUAGAAUCAAAAAAAAAAUACUAAAUUAGUUUAAAGCAAAUAAUAUUUUUGGCAUUGCUAUAUUAUGGUUCAACAUUAUAACACCGGCAAUUUACUCGUUAUCGAAAAAUACUACCAAUUUUAAACGGAUUUUAAGUAUGUUUCUAGCUAAUAAAAUUAUGGAAGUAUCGAAUUUAUAUAAUAUAAUUAUAGAUUUGCGAGUUGUUUAUGCAAUUUUUAUUUGAUUGGUUCUUAGUGGAUAAAAUUGUUAGAAUAGACAGAAAUGCUUGAAAAUUUAAUAAAAGCUUCAUUAUAAGUCGUACUUAUUGAUCAAAAAGAAAAAGUUGUUUAAUAUGUAGUAUGUUUUUUUAUGAUCAAUUUAAUAUCAAUUUUUGAUGAAACUUUUAAAUAUAUUACGGCCUUUUAAAACAUUUAAACAUCUAUAACAGAACUUCACUCCGUUUUUCUUUAGCAAUGGUUUAUCGUUGUUAACAGAUAUAAAUUAAAUUCUCCUUUAUAUCCUACCUUCCCAAUUACUCACAUACAAUAAUGGCCCACCCGUAGUUAAUUAUGUCGUCUUUUUUAAUAAUGAAUAUUCUUCCUCAGAAAACACAUUUCGGGGUUGUAAACAUUUUCGGAAAUUCCAGUACAUGUUUGUAUAGAUUACACGUAGUUCAACACAAAAGACAUUUUUUAGAAAGAUCAUAUAUUUUUUUAACUGAUAGAUGUUGGCAAUUAAAAUUUCAAAAAAAUAAUUAUACAAAAUUCGAACAUAAGCAAAUCUUAAUGAUUUUAAUUUAUCAUUAAUUAAAUUACUUAUGUUUCAAUUUUUAUUAUGUAUGUUUAAUUCAAUAUUUUAGAGAUCAAAUAUAAAUUUAGGUAUCUACCCUAAAGGUAUGGCAGAACUACCUACCUACAUUAAACCCACGAUCAGAAUUUGAAAAAUUAGUUGUUAUAAAAUAUUAAAAUAUUAUCAUUUUGUGUACACAAUUAUGAAUUAUUGGUUUUUUUUUUACAACACAGAAUAUAUUGCAUUUAUAUUAAAUAUUUAUUAUUUGUAUAACUGCCUAUAUGAUUCCACGUAAAGAAACAUUAUUAAAAAGCAUCCAAUAAACCUUAUAUAGGUAGUGGAUAUCAUUAUUAUUAUUUAAACACUAAUAAAAUACCUAAUAAUUUCAAAAAAUUUGAUAAUAUUACAAUUUUUCAACUUUUUUGUGAUUAUUGUAUACACCUUCCUAAUAUACUAGAAGAUAUACUAGAAGUUAAUAUUAAACAAUUUGAAGAUGAGUGAAACAGAGUACAAUUUUAUAUUACCUAUCUCAUCACACAGAAAUAUUGUCUGUUUAUGGUAAAAUUCUUUCACAUAUUGUCAUAGUAUAUUCUGCAGGAAAAAAAAUAAUAUUUAUACCUACCAAAAAACGAUGAUGUUAUAACGUUUGGCGUUAGCAAUUAUUACAAAAACUGCAAACUUGGUGUUUUUACGUAUUGUUUUAUAUAAUUGUAUAUUUUACAGUUAGGAAAACUAUAAGUAUUUUUUUUUUAAACAGAGGUAAUUAUUAUAAUAUUUUAUACAGUAGGUACUUUCUAUAUUGGAUCCCCGUACUUAUAAGUAUUAUUACAGUUCUCGGGAAAAUAAUUUAUACACUCUAAAAUAUUUCAUAAAAUCAGUAAUUUUAUUUUUAAAUUUAAAAAAAAAUAUAUAAAUUAUUUAAUUUUCUUAAAUUUGUUUGUUUCAUAUAUGAAUUAUAGCCUAGGGCAGUGUUUCUCAAACUUUUUCUCCGUCGGACCCCUUACAGAUAUGAUAGUAAAAAUGAUCGCGGACCCCCCCCCCCACCUUAAACCCUUUUAUAAAUCAAUAUUUUAGUUUUUUUAAUUUACAUUCAUGGAUCUCUCCCGGUAUACAUACAGACUCCUGGGGGUUCGCGGACCACAGUUUGGGAAACGCUGGUCUAAUAGGUAUACAAUAUACAUAGGUACUACAUAUUAUGUAUUUUUGUACUUAUUAUAUUAAAUUAUCAUAGAAUUGUCACCUAAAGUUCACAAUAACACUAUGUAGUUAUACGUGAGACUUAAAGAGCAGUUGAGGGAUAACAUGUUUACACUUAAAUACUGACUAAACGCGCCCAAGGAUAUAAUGAACAAGUACACAUGAAUAAUAAACUUACAGUAGGAUAGAUAUAAAUUGGGUAGGCGUUAAAGCCCCUAGCCUAAGUCAUAAAUUAUCUUAUUAAUAUUAUACUACAUAAUUUAGUUUUUGUGUAUAGAACCAAUUACAUAGGUAACUAUUUUUAUCGCUGAAAAAAUAUAGUUUACAGUUUGCGUAUACUUCAAUGUCUACUAAUUUUAUUUAACUUCUACUCGAAAUUUAAAAAUGCAGAUAUUAGAAAUAUUUCGAUAGUCUCUCUGGCACCGCGAUAUAAAAUUGCAAUAAUUUCUCUAUGCAAAAUAUGUUUUCAUCAAAUUAAAUGCAUUAUUAUUAAUUAAAAAUUAUUGCAUUGACCUACAAUAAUUAUUUAUUAUUGAUUCAAUACAUUCAUGUAGCUACCUACCUACUACUAUAAAUAGUUGCCAUGACACUUGAAAUUACGAAAGAUUAUUCUAUAAUUACGCCUGAGAAACCAGUACGGCAGUAACAAUAAUAAUUAUUAGAACGCGAAGCGAGUAAACAAGUCAAGUAAAUCUCGUUGGUAGGUAUUAAAUUAAAAUCAGAAAUGUAAUAGUUUCCCGAAAACUCUAAGUCAACGGUUUUCGAAUAACAUCGGAUCGUACCUUAAAUAAAAGUAUAGAAAAAAAAAAAAUCGCGCAAUUUAUUGUUGUAGUUGGUUUGUACCUAUCGGUCUUCGGUAAUAAAUAAAUUCAUUAAGCCUUUACGUUAACUAUAUUUUAAUAUCCGUAAACAACGAUGGUGUUGUCGUUUACCGAAACCACGUUUGCGAACGGGUAGGGAAUACGCGUAGAACAGUUUUAACUCGUUCACACAUCAUAUUCAGAUUAGAAGGACGGGAAAAAAUAAAAGAAACUGGUCGUUGUUAUUUUUCAACGCACUUGUAUACACGAGACCACGCGUCUCUGUACAAACUGCGCGCACCGUAAUAGUAUUCAAAUAUUAACGCUGAGUCGUGUAACGCAGACACAACGAAGCGACCGGGACACUGAGCUAAUGAGCUUACACAGUCGCAUUAUCUGCGGCGGCGCGGUCCUGUGUUUUUAUAAUUUUAUAAUGAUCGAAUAAUUUGUAUCGCGACUUAUCGGACGUCAGCGGCUGAUUAAACAUUUUGAGUUGUUUUUUUUUUUUCUCCCCCCGAUCUAUAUCCACACGCUUUCUUAUCACCACCGCCGCCACCACGGCCGCUGCACGCGUAAAAUAUUACGAACAUAACGCGAUAAUAUUAUUAUUAUUAUUAUUAUAUAAGCUCCGCGGCGUGUCGGUCAAAGCGUUGCCUUGAGACUCGGAUAAUAUUGAUAACACGACCGUUUAUCAUUUACCGAAUAGUAUUUUCUCAUAAACGGACGCGCGCGCACAUGUGUCGAAUACGUUCGUCGCGUCAAUCGCGCAAUAACGGUAAUUAAUAAUGUUUAGUGCGCGAAACGAAAAUCCGGGAAACCGUCCGCACAAUAGUGUCGUAAUAAUAAUAAUAAUAAUAAUAACAAUAAUACAAAUAUAAUACGAUAAACAAUUGACGCCGCCGAACUGAAUAAAACGUUAAUAAUCAUCGUCGGUGUACCGUUUUCACGUGUCGUCGUGCCGACGGUGUCGAAUAUCCGUGAACCGUGAACUUUGAGUGCGCGCAUUAAUUCGCGCGUUGUCGCCGCGGAGACACCCCGUGUCAUAAAACGGUAACAUUAUACUCGAUUCGUAUUAAAUAAUAUUCACUAAUUAUCAAUGGCAAUGCGUUUUAAAUAAUAAUAAUUUACCAGUAUUUUAUUGUCUAUUAUUUUCCAUGAUAUCUUUGAAUCGCGCACGCCUGCACAUUAGACGUGAGCUGGUUAUGAUGGCUGGCGCGCGCGCACCUUACCUACCUUACUCGUACAAUACGUUUUAUUCGAGGUUUUACGCGUUCGUAAUACAAUUGUAUACGAUUUAAAUAUUUUAUAUUGUAACAUUACGUAACGGAAUACUUAAGUUUGUUUCUUUUUUUUUUCCUAUUUAGGAAUAUUUAGGAAUAUUUCAGUAGCUAGAAUUUACACUCGUUAAUAUAAAAUGAAUUGAUACGAAUAAAAUAUUAAGUGCCGUAUUUUUUUUUUUUGUAUUAGUAAUACUGUCGUGUUUAUUCAAACAAUUUUGUGUUAUUUAUUGCGUAUAAUUUUGAAUUAUGUGAGAGCUAUUAACAGAUUUGAAUUGAACCAAAAAUGGUUUUCGCAAUGAUUGUCGUAUAAUUUCUUAUUCACUAAUAAUAUCUACCUAGGUAUAAUUCGUUGUUAAUAACGUAAUUAAAACAUCUGAUUAAUAUUAUAAUAAAUACCCAUCCAUGGUUUUAUUAUGCUACCUAAUAAAUUUAAACCGGGAUUUAAACACACGACUGGUUUCUCAAAGCCGUAUACAUUUUUAAUUUACCUACUCCGUCUAUAUUUCUAUACAAUAUGUGUGGGUGCCUACAUUAUAUUAUUAUUAUGGGUACCUACCCACCCAUCGUGUAAAGUACCUACGUAUUACAAUAAUUAUAGGUGUAAUAAAGCAGUGAAAGCAAUAAAACCGGGAGUGCAUCGCUCCACAUCAUUGUUUUAUAGAUAGAUACCCAGACAAUAUAAUAAUUAAGUAGAUAUAUUAAGAUUUAUACCGUAUAAUAUAAUUUAAUUUAAAAUCCAAAGCACAUAAUGUAUAAUAAGAAUAACCGCAAUUAUUUGGAGAAUUAAAUUAGAUCAAUUUUUCAAUUAUAUAAAUUGGCUAAAAUUUAGAUCUCGUCGUAGUGAAAGUACUUUUUCCGCAGAUAUUACUGUAAAUAUUCCGAAAACUCACAACUCGUCGAACAAUUCGAUAGUGUGUGACUUGUAAAUAUAACGUAGGUACAAUCAAAGUCUGUUUUCAUACGUUUACCGAAGUGGAUAUCUACUAGUUUUAAAUUUAAAAAAAAAUAAUAAUCAUUUAUUAUGCAUUUUUUACAAGGGUAUAUUUAAGAGAAGGCUGCUGGUAAUUUCUAGGAAACUGUAGUUUUAAAUAAAAGUAGGGUAAGUUCUGCAGAGCUUUUGAAACGAUAUUUAUGAAUAAAAUUCUGUCGAUCCUCAUUCCUGAAUAAUUUUCUGAAUUCUCGUUUGAUCUACUCGUAUAUUGUACAGAAAUGUAAUAACAUUUAUACGGUACCAUUAGUGUAAUAGCAGGACCUAUUAUUAAAAUUAAAAAAAAUUGAUACUGAUGAUCAUGGGCGAAUUUUGGCCUGCCGGGAAAUUUUAAAAAGGGCCCCUACACGGCUUUUUUUCUGCUUUUCGGCCUUAAAUAUAAUACCAAGGGCCAACCUGGAAAUUCCCAGCUUCUCGGUAGGCCUAUUCGCCUGUGUUGCUGAUGGGAAUGUUAUUGUUGUUGAUGAGAAGUUGAGAAGGUUGGAUAAUUAUAAUUUAUAAUUGUAUGCAACGAUAAAUUACUGCUAGGUAAUGAAAAACAUCAACAACAAUUCCGAGUAAAGCUCGAUUAGUCGGUGUUUUGAAAUGCGCAUUUUAGAAGAAUUUUCACAAAAAAUCCACUGCAUGCGCGAAACACGGCUGUGUUCGGUCAAGGGAUUGUACGAUGCAUUUUUAUACAUACAAAUAAUGUUGACCUUAAUAGUUCAUGUUUUUAAUUGAACAAUAUGCUAAUGUUAUUUUAACUAUAAACUAGUGGAUAAGUGUAAUAUUGAUAAUAUUUAACUACUCAGCAUCUAUUUGGAGUUCAAAUAAUACCAAUGCUUAAUGCUGUUUUUAGUAAAGGUCUAGUAUUGAACCAUUUCUAUUUCAUUCUACACACGUUGUUGUUAUUUAAACAUUCCAAAGCAUAUCAUUUACUAUUUAGCUGUUUGACAAACUUAAUAAAAUGUUAAAUCAACUACAGGUUUCUAACUGUACAUAAUUCUGUACUUUUUUUUACCCUGUACUUAACAAGGUACUACUAAUGAUGAAUCUCAUGGCUCGUGUUAAAUUUUCGAGUAUUUUUGAACGAUAAAUUUCAUCCAUUUGAAACCAAAUAAAAACUAGAAAAUUUCAAAUGGUUAUAAAAAAAACCUGUAAAAAGCUUAAAAUCAUCAGAUUAUAAUAAGCAUUUUACCAUGUAAAAUGGUAAAUGAAAAACGAACAGAUUUACGGUGUUUUUUUUUUUUUUUUGAAAAUUGAUUUCAUUAUUUAAAAUUUUGUUUUUCUAUCGAAAUUCAAGUGUAAUAUCUUUUCGUGAUUUUUGAUUUCCCGAUGCUCUUGUAUCGCUCAUUUCUAUAUAAGUGUGUGCACUAUCUGCUAGUUCUCUUCUUUGGAUUACCAUCAUAUUAUAUUAUAUUAUUUCUCCGUUUAUUUCUAGCCUAUACGCUCCGCUGCCUCUAAUAAAUGUUUAGUUUAUUUUAUAAACUCCUCUUCGCUUUCCUCUAGAAGUACAACGUCCUUCGCUAGCAAACCAAUUGUAGUAUUACCUAUUCUUACACGUAACUGUUCUAUCUAGCUAUCCUUCACAAAUUUUUCUAUUGCUUUAGUCCUGUGUCUUGUUAUUUUUUUUAAAUUUUCUGUGUCACUUCACCAUUCAUUUUUAACAAUUUUUCUUCUUUCUAUCGCUUUUUCGCAGAUUGAGUUAAAUCAUGGUUUCUUUGUUCCACAUCUUCCUUCAACUGUUUAUUUAAAUCGCCCCCUUUAUAUGUUUCGACAAAUUUUCAAUCUCACCACAUUGUUUAUAUUUUGUUUUCUAUUCCAAUAUUUUUUUUAAACGCUCUCUGUUGGCAGGCUUACCUAGAUUUUGAACAUUGAUUAACACUCUCGUUUUUGUUCCUUUUGAGGAUAGGUUUUUUUUUUUUUAAUACUCUCGUGUUCAGUUUACUUAUAUUGUAUCACUAAGAAAGUUUUAAUUGUGUAGAUUUAAUGAUAAAAAACUUCAUACAUGUAAUUAAUGUACCCACUCAUUUUAUUUUUCGAUAAGUAAAAAAAAUAAUGAACAAUGAACACCAAAACAAUAAAACCAAAAUCAAAAAUUAGAAUCAAAAGAACUCAAUGAGAAAUUACACAAAUGUAUAAAUGGUACGCGAAUAUAAAAAGGUUAAGAACUGCGGAUUUAGCUUCUACUUUGAUCGGCAUGGUUUUAGCACUGAUUACUUUGAAAUCUUUGAUUACCCGGAAAAUGUAUUUCUUCACUGCAAAACCACACUUUUGUCUUUUUUCGUCGUAUGUGUCCUAUAGUAAUUUUCAACUGCAUCUACCUUGAGUCUCUUCAUCUUAUUUCCUGCAUUAUAUGUGUAUAAUUUGUAUAACAAUAUAUUCCUCAUUGCGUACUGAAUCAAACAGAAACCAUGUUACUGCGUAAACUUUCUCGUUAUCCAACUUAUUUCUUGGUUUUUUUUAUUAUUAAAAUUUGUAUAGAAAAUCAAAAAAUGGUCUUUCUAGAGCCAUGCCUAGACAAUAUUUUCUACCGGAAACCACCUAUAAAAUUAAUAUAAUCGAAUCACGAUUUUUGAUAGAAAAAACAAGAAUAAAAAGCACACAUCAUAGUAAAACCAAUACAUUCCUCGAUAUGAUCAGAAUCUAAAACAAAUUCAAAACAACUCGACUAACAGCACAUAGUAUUAUUAUGUUCUUCGUUCUGUGUACAAAACGGAUCGUUAACGUUUUCGGAUUCUUGCGGUUUACUGACGAUCGUGUUGCGGAGAAACCGCGACGAAAUAUAAUAUUAUAGACUGCUGGCUGGUUGAAUCAAUUUUUCCUUUAAAAUACACAAUACACAUGCUUGUAUAAGUGUGUGUUAUGGAGUAUGAUGGGCUACAGAAAAAAAAUCAAACAUAGAUUUUUCUCAAGUAACAAUUUCUACUGAAAUGGUCCAUCGAUCACGCACAAUGAAUAAAGACUAUAUAAUAUCCUUAAACCGCUAAAAUCAACUGUGUGGAACGAAUACAAUUCGAAGAUUUUAUAGGUAUUGACGUUUCAGAUUAUAUAUAUAUAGGUACCUGUGAAACAAACACUGUAUAAACUAAACGAUACAAACGAGUUUUGUGUACGUAAUCGUAUUAUCCGCGGUGGUUUUAAAACGAUUUAACUUCUAUACAUUCUUAAGACAUAGGUUACCUAUACCGUCGUUUCGAGUAUAUUGAAUAAACUAUUAUAAAAGUUCAACAUUUGAAAAAUUACUGUUUUUUACAUUAUUAAACUGGAAUUUUAAAAAUAAUAUAUUUGUAUCGAAUCUAAAACAGUUUAUUUCGAACUCGAUUUUACACCUACAGCUCUGCAUAUAAAUAUUAUGAAUGAAUAUGUUAUCAAACAUGUCAAUGUCAUUGGCAAAAUUCUAGUAUUUCAAAACGGAAUACACUGUUACGUAAUUUCGAAUACCUACUUAAUAGUUAUAACAUUGGGCUAUAUCCUAGGUACUCAAAACUCUCAUUAGCGCUCGAAAAGUAUUCUAAUUCAGUCUCAGUGCAAAGGGCAAUCCAAGGCAACCUCCUCCCCAAAUUAAAAGUCAGCCUACCAAAAUAGUGAUAUAUCUACGUUGUAACUAAGUCUGUUUUGUGCCUCUUUCAGAAACUGGCCAAGUUUUAAGUAAUUCAAAUAAAAGAGCAGUGUUUCUCAUGAAAGUAGGAGUGAAAUGAGGUAAUGAAAAAAGAAGGAAAUGAAGAAUAAACUUGGCCAUAAAUCCACAAUAUAGAUAUUACUACUUUGAUAGGCUAACUUUUUUGAGAAUGGCCUGGGAUUUGGUUAAUUUUUUCACUGUUAGAUUUGUUGGGGAUAAUAAGUGUACAAUUUUCAUUUUGAUGUCACCUUUUUUGUAAAAAAAAUAAAAAAAAACUAAUUAGAUACUUAAAUACUAAAACAUAAUUAGAUUUUAAUUAUAAGAUCAUCGUCAAAAACUUCAAACAUUAAUUUUGCCCUAAAUGUUUCAUUUAUAUAUUUGUACAUAUAUAAACAUAUUAAGAAGCCAUAAAAAAAUUAAACUGUCUAGUACUUCUAGUAGUAGACAGUUACUAUCUACUAGUAGAUUCUAAGUUAAGCAACUAGUGAGGAAUGUAUUGGUUCACUAUGAUGCUCUUUUUUUCGUUAACAAUGAUUUAUGCGUAGGUAUAGAUAUCAAUUGAAUUUCCUAUAUAUCCUUAUACAGUAUACAAGAUGAUCAACAUCCUACAACAUCAACAGUGUAAAACAUCAUUAAAGGUGGAGUAUUAGUUUAAAAAAAAUUUGGUGUUAAAAUGUUCAACUCAUCUAGACCUAAAAGUGAGAUAUCACGUUAAUGGGUUGACGAAAAUUAGAAAUUUCAGCACCAAAAUCUAUUUAAACUAACUCUAUUUAAGCAAUUUUUAGUUUAGGUUGCCAUUUGAAAAUCAAAAGUAUAUAUUAGUUUCACCCAUUAAAAUAAGGGUAACAAAAAAUAACCGCGUAGUGUAACAUUUUAAAGCUACUUAUUUCUUAAAUAAUCUAAAAAACAAAUCCCGAAAAAAGUUAAUAUUUUCCAAGAUAAUGAGUGCCUUACGUUAUUGAUUAUCAUGUUUACUUUUACAACUUCUUCCCUACAACAGUGACUUAUUAAUGAGCAAUAUGCUGUAUUUUUAUAUUAAAAUCAUGUAUCAAAUUAUAAUUUUUAUAAUUUAUCUUUCCUAAUUUAUACAUUAUACUGAAACAACCCCAUUAUCAUAAAAAAUCUAUGUUUAGUUGAAAUUAUAAUUGAAUAACAUUUUUAUUUAGUAUUUUUUAAAUUAUUUUUAACAUCUAAUAAUAAAUAUACCUGUAUAUAAAUGUAUAAUCAAUUCAUACAAAUAAAUAUACAUAUAAGAAAAACGUAGUCUGGUGGAAUAUUUAUAUUAGUUGUAUUUGUAUGUACGACCGGUUUUGAUUUAAAAAAAUCAUCGUCAAGUUAACAAUAAAGUCAAGUCAAUGAGUAUAUUUUAAUCACCAAAACAAUUUUUUGUUUUUAUUUAUUUAUUAACACAAAGAACAACAUAUUAUUAAACACGUUUUCUUGUUCUUAUCACUUAUAUUUGAUUGUAUGUUUUUGUUAUUAGAAAUGAAAAAUAAAAUAAUCUAAAAUCACGAACUUAUUUUUUAUUUUAUUCCGUAAAUGAAAUCAAAUUUUCUUUUAUAGUUAUCUUUUGCGUUGAUAAAAAAAAUACCUAAUGUCUUAAGAAUCAUCAAACGCGUUUCGUUUUAAACUAAUUUUUCUAUAAAAUAAAAUAUCUAUUAUGAUAGAACGGUUUAAAUCUUCCAAUCUCGCACAAUUAAAACAUAAUAUUUAGUUUGAAUUUUAUGUACAUAUGUACCUCUAUAUAAUAAUUAAAAUUAAGGAAUAAUUAACUUAGUUAAGUAGGUAAUAGAUAUAAGGCGGAACGUUCGUGCGUCGUGUUUUUAUAAAAAAAAAAAAACUGAGAAAUAUAUAUUUUAAUGGUGUACAGUAAAACAUAGUACACCUAUCAUUAAAAAUGAUUACGGUUAUUUUUCAUUAAAUCUGGAUUAUUCUAUACAUAUAAAGAGAGACGCGUGAUUCUCGCAUGGACUAAUAUUUUAUUCGUGUAUAUAUUUAAGGCUAUGGUCCAUUGAACGAUACUAAUGAAGCAAUCAACCGGUGAAUAGUGUAGAAAACGGGUAUUCCACAAUUGUCUUAGAACAAAAGAACGCUUGUGAAUUCAUUGCAAUUUUUUUUAUAGAUAUACAGGUAUAUAAUAUAAUUUACUGCAGUUCAUGUUUUAUUGGUAUCUUAGUUUUAAUAUAAUGGAUUACAAUAUAUAUUGACUAUAUAGGUACUCCCAUGUAGAAAAUAAAUUGUCAGUACAUAGAUACCUAUUAAAAUGUUGACACACAUUUCUACAUACAUAAAUAUACAUUUACAAAUAAGAAUAGAUUUAAAAAAUGUGUAUAAAUCAAAACAGCUAAUACAUAAUAUUAUAAGAUAACUCUGUUUAUAAACUAGGUAAUUAAAUAAUAACCUAUUUACCUUUAAACAAAAAUAUGAUGUUUACUUAUAACUUAUUAAAAAUAAGUUAACUCAUUAAAUAUAGAAAUAGUAAAACAGGUAACACAUUUAAAACAUAGAAACGAAUGCGUCAAUACUAAUCGCAAUAUUAUUAUCACUUAAUUAUAGUUUUAUCUAUAGAAGUAAUAAUAAUACUAGUACUAUAUUAAUACUAUGACUACGUAUUAAUAAGGUAUUGUGAUUAAAAUAAUAUCAGUAAAUUUAGGUUAAAUAGAUACAAUGUUUUAAUUUUGUUUUUUCAAUUUAUUCAAAAUGUUAUUUGAAUAUAAACUGUAUAUUCAAUUUACUAAACAUUAUACGUAGACAAAAUAUUUUCCUACAGCUACCUAAUAAUAAUAAAUUCAUUUAACCCUGUAUUCUAUAAUAUACAUGUAGGUACUUAUAAUAUUUACAAGUAGAUCCCUAUUAUUGUAUGUUUGCUUAUAAUGCUAUAUUUGCUCAACCCUAAUUGAUACUAUACGACGAAUACUAUACAGUUCGAAUGUGACGUGACAGAAAGAAAAAAAUCGAUUGGUAUUCUAACGGAAAACUCUAACAAAUACAAAAAUAAUUUAUAAUGAGCAAUAUAUAAUUAAAUCUUAAAUGUAUACUAGACACCAAUAAUCACUCAAAAUAUUAAAUUAAAAAUCGUUAUGUUUCGAACGCCUUUUACUCAUAACGCCUUAUACGAUCCGUGAUUAUAUAAUAAAUUACCAAAAAAUCUACCGAAUUUACUAUUCUUUUCUUUUUCUUUUAAUGUUUUUACACAGUUUAUUGCCGAACACGAAAAUCACACGUGCGCGUUAUUUUUUAAACAAAUAUGAUAAUGCUUUUUAUUUUGACAAUGAUGACUUUUAAGUUUUAGUUAAUGAACUAUACGCACUACGCACUUGACUAAAAUUAAUUGGUCGCUGUCCGUCACAAAGAUUUAGAUCCAAAAAUGGUAAAGUUAAUUGCGAUAUGAUUUAAGAAAGUUUGGAACGGUGCGUACCAUCUCGUGUUAGUUAAAACGUUACGUUAAUGUUAAUAGAAUGGUAAUAAUAACCGAAACAAUAUUAAAAUUCCCUAAUUUUUAACAAAUAGCAAAUGAUCGAAGUGAGUCUUAAUGCAUUCAUCAUUUCUGUAUUUUAUAACAAAAAUCUAGAGGACUGGCCUUCCUUUAAUCUCAGAAAGAACAUUUAAAUACUCCAUCCUUCGCUUUAUCAUCUCUAAAUAAUUUUUAAAUUCUGGACUAUUGCUUCUUUUUCUUUUAAUUUGAGAUAAUGUUUAAACGCAAUACUUGAUUUUAUCAAAUGUUUAAUCUAAAUAGAUCUUGGAUAUUGGACUUUCAACAUUUUGAUGUACAUGUUACAAACCAAAUAAUAUUUAUUUAUUUAUAUAUUUAAUUGAUUAACACCCGCAAGGAAUAAAGAUUACAAUAAUUAAAGUUAUUAUUUUUUAUUAUUAUUAUUACUUAAAUUUCAACAAAAAUAACAUAAGUUUUAUUCACGUUUUUUAACCUUUUUUCUGUUUUUUAUUAAUUAUUAAGAAAACUUUUAGAAAAUUGUAAAAAUUACCUCCCCACUGCACCAACUACUGCCCAGAUAAAAUUGUAUUUCAGAAUCACCCAUAAAAUUGAUAAAUCGAGCAAACUCUGGUAAAAAAGUUAUUUAUAGAUAAAAAACACAUCCUACUAAAACAAAUACAUUCCUUACUAAGCUCAGAAUUUAAAACCAUAUAUGUGUUGUAGUUUUACCUGUUAUUGUUUAAUAGCUGAUAAUUUAAAAACCGUAAUUAGGUAUAUUUAUUAUAAUUUAUUAUUAUUAACCAAGACAAUAGAAAACUGUGAGUAUUAUAGUAUUAUAGUAUAUUAAAUUUAUUAUCAAUAAUCAUGUUUAAUUUCCAACUGUAUGUGCAUUAAAUAAAUAGAUUUUAUAUCUGUAAAUAGGUAUAUCAUAUACAUAUGAUUUUAAUACACAUAUGUUAAUAAUAGUUAUAUUAUUAUUUAUUUAAUUGAUUCACUUAAGUUGAUAGUUAAUGAAGACAUGAAGUAUCAACUAGAUCAUGUAUUUUCAUUUAUCAUUUAAUAAUUCAUAUUCACAAUUAAUGUUUAAAUAUGAUAUCAUAGCAUUAUAUUAUGUUCAUAAAAUCAUAGAUGAAUCUUGAAUUUGAUUUUAGAAUUUCAAUAUUUUAAUUUUUACGUUCGACCAUAAAACAAAUCCUGAAUUAUCAUAUGAAGUUUUACUGUAUUACUUUUUUUAUUUUCCUAAUGCACCCUGAUAGUUCUCACUAGAUAUAAACACCAUAUUAAAUACGAAAUAAUCGUGGGAGUACAGGAACUACGCCACCGAACACAAACACUUCUAUAGAACACGUAAACGGAUGGUUUAACAAUAGACAUCGUCCACUAGUUAUAGGGCACGCCUUAUGAUCAUAGCUAGCACAACACCUGUUUCAGUCAUUUUUCAGUCUGUUAAUUACACGGUGGAGCUCUUUUAACUGUGCUAAAAAAUGUUCUAAGAUUAUUCGAGGUCGUGGGAGAAGACUUAUAUUUAAAACAUAAUCAUAUAUUAAUGAAAAAUACAUUUUUAUCCUCAUACCUCUUAAACUAUAUCCAAAUACUUUUCAUUUACUUCGUUUACUUAUCAUGUAUCUAUGACUGUAUAACAGCACACGAAUGUACUGCAGUAGUGCAAUGUAGAUAAUGUGCAAGUAUCUUAAAAAUACAAUUUAUCUAUACCCCGCCUAUGCCAACUAUUACGAUUGAUGUGUACUAUACAUAAAUUACUCAUGUUGGUUUAAUAUACCCAAAUAACUGUAUUUUAUACGAUUUAUGUGUGUUCGUAGGUCAGGUGCAGGUGGAUUCGAUCAGACGUACUAACGGUUCGCAGCUGGGCGACGGUCCCAAGGACGGGAACGUCCUCAGGAGGGUUGCCAAGGUCACGCUGGACCAGGCCACCAAAGACCAAAAGCCAGUGAGACCGAAACAUGUGCCUGAAAAGUUGGACUUCAAGAACCACGAGAAGUUCGAAGGUAAGUGAUUUGUUUAGUAAUAAUAUUAUUAUACAAUAUUCAAGCACCCGCGCGAUGUGCCACUGCGAGUCGAAUUGCAUUUUAUACAAAACCGGUUUUCGAUUAUUUUUUGGCUACAACAAGUAGCUGAAAGGAAAAGAAAAAAAGAUACUGGCUAACCUUGGAAAAAAACCUACUAGGAACAAAAAAAAGAUCAACAGUAAUCACCGCUGCCGCCUCGUAUAUUUACUACCAGGUAUUAAAUAACUGUGGGAAAACAAUAACCUCUAUUUUUGUAUGAUGAUUGUCGAGGAUUUAUUAUUAUAAUUUUUUUUUUGGUAAAUAACAAUAUUAUUUUAACGAUAGUGAAAUGUCCUUUUACGAUGUCUGCAUCAGUGAAUCAGUGUCUAAUUUUCUAGGUGUGCCCCAUAUGUAAAUCGGUAAUAGUGUUUAACUGAAUGGAAAAAUGGCAUGAUCGUAGGUAAAUUUUGUGUCCAAUAAACUUUUUAAGAAUACCGCAGUGAAAAAAAAAACGCCUCCGUUAAAUUAGGUGAUGUUAUGUUACGUAAUUCCAUAGAAUAACAAUACUGAUUUCAGUUCAGUAAUAAUCGUUUGACACGUUUGCGCUGAUAAUUUUGUUCUAGAAAUAAUUUAAUAGUAUCAAAUACGAUAUGUAUAUAAGGAAAUUGAAAAUUUCCAUUUUGUAUGUGAGUGAUAAUUUGUUUUUCUACAUUAUUAACAUGCCGCGCGCCGUACCGCCACACUAAUGAUACUCCACUACUCACAUCCAACCUAAAAUUAAAAGUGUAAUAUCUCGUCAAUGGCUUGACAGAAAUAAAAAAUUUUAACACUAAAAUUUAUUUUAACUAAUACCCAAUCUAUUUACGGAAUUUGUAAUAUAGGGUGCCUUUUGAAAAUCAAAAGUAGGUAAUUAUUUUACCUUCAAAAAUAAGGUUAACAAAAAUAACACAAAUAUAAAAUUGUCUUCUUCAGCUUGUUUCUUAAAUUUUCUAGAAAAAAAAUUCUGGAAAAAGUUAAUACUUUUCGAGAUAAUGAGUAUACCCACUUAAAUGAAUCACCUGGUAUUUUGUUAUCGAAGGAGAAGUGAUUUUCUCCCUAAUUUUUAAAUAAUAUCAUUAUAAUUCGUCAAAAUUAUUUUUCUAUUUCGUUUCUCUAAUUCUGUUUGAAAAUUGAACACGCAACAUUAACCACAAUAAAUAUUAUAAUUUUACACACAUAUUUUGUUUUUAUAUAUUAUCAGUAAAGGCAAUACAAUAUGUUUACCAUAUUUUAUUUACUGUGGUUUAUCUGACUAAACAUACAUUAUACAUUACAGCAGAGUAUAUUGGUAAAUAGAUUACCUAUACCUAUAGGCCAUAGGGUAUAAACACUUUUUUAAAUAUUUAAUUAUCAAAAUAUAAUAAUACUUCUCCCUCUUCUCGAAAACUAAUCUAGAUUUUUUUAUAUAUACACGUGGGUUAGGUCUACCGAUUAUCCCACAUUCCCAUGGGUCCCAUGACAUUACUUACAUAGGUUAAUGUAGUACGAUUUUUCUACAUUGCAAAACAAACAUAAUCGCAUUCUAAAAAACAAAUAGUAGACAUACGCAUAUUUUGGCAUGUUGGGCGGACAACUGUUUUGGAGAAGGCAGCACUAUAUAAAUUAUUAUACCACUAUUGAAAGUAAAUAUGAAUAUUUUAUAUUUUUAAUAUUAUUUUAACGUUGUGAAGAUAAAUUAUAACUAAACAAAAACAAUUAGUAUUCAUAAUUUGCGAAAUUAUUUAAACGUGGCUCUAUGUAUUGUAUCGGAACUAUUAAAUAGGUAUAAAACCUACUGUUAGAUAAUUUUUGUUUAUUCUAAUGAAAAACCAAGUAGGUACUUAAUAAUUAUUCCGUUAAUAUUUGCAUGUUUGUCCAUAAUUCGUAAAUUAAUAAUUAUUAAUGACUAUAGUAAAAUACACAUUACGCAUCAGAAAUCAUUCAACUAGUUAUACUUAACCAAUUUUGUUUUGUGACGAUACGUUAUAACCUACCUAUACAGUGUAUUUCUAGAAAUUUCAUAUCUGCGUUUAUACAGAGUGAUUCUUUUAACGCAGUAUACUCAUCAUUAUUUCGAUACUUUUAUCGACAUUUUAUUUUUGGAAAAUGUAUGAUAUUACACGCAGAUUUGAAAUAUUAAAUUGUCCUAAUUGUUCACUCUUUUGUUUAGUGGUGAAACCACUAUACUUACUUAUAUUUUAUUUUCAAAUUGUAAUCUAUAUUUUCAAAAUUCCAUAGUUCAUAAUUUAUUCCGAAAUAACAAGUUUUACUAUCUUAUGUCACUUUCAAGAGUGUUAUUGGUAAUUAAUAUUAUACUCUCGUAUUAUAGCAUCGCGAAAAUAUGCAAUAUAAUAUUCAUUAACUGCGAACUGCGUCUCAAUGUCAAACCGCACGUAUAUAAAAUAUCCGAUAUUUUGCGAUGUAUCAAUUUUAUCCAUAAAUUCAGUAUAUUUUACGUAACGCUAAAUAUUGUAAGUAUUACGUCACAACUGCAAAAUAUAAUAAUAUUAUAAUAUACACAUGAUUAUUUUAUACGAUGUAACUUUACAACAAAUCACUAUAUGACUUCAAACAGUAUACCUACUAAUAUUAUUCAACACCCACCUACCCGGGUGUUCCGUAAUAGCGUUAUUUAGCCUGCUAUAUACAUAGCGAAAUAAAAACCUAACAUACAAAUGUAAGAUACACGUCGAAUGGUGGUAAUAUUAGGAGUUAAAGGUGGUGGUUGCUACCAUUCUUUUAAUGAGUGAGUGAUGGUGGAUCCAUGAUGGGUAUUUGAAUCAUAUUUUUUAUCGAAUUAAUACGUAUGGAAUACUAAUUAAGAAUGUUGUAUAGGAGUUUGUUUAACGUGGGGUAGUCUGUAUAACUUUUUAUCUACCCACAUCUUUAAAACAUGAUUCGGUGUCACUGGUAUACACGUUUUUAAAAGGUGUAUAAUUGAGGAUAUACGUUAUUUUACGUUACAAAUGGUAACGGCUACAUCCAAGUUCCGUUCUAAUUACAUUUUUAGACCGUAAAACCGUAGGAAAAAUGAGAAAAUUUACGAAAAUAAUACUUUUAUUAUUUUCAAUUUUGUUUUUUUUAUUGUAAUUCAGUUGAAAAUUUUCGUAGAGAUAUUUGGAUAGCAAUUUUAUAUUUGCCAUUUAUAGACGUGAUAAAAUUUUAAUUUUGCAAGUUUAUUACGUAAUUUUUAUACGGUAGGCACUCUGUGGAUAAAAUUGUUAGAGCAAACAGAAAUGUUUACAAAUUUAAGAGGAAAAUCUUAACGAAAAUCGAAUUACGUUCUUUUAAAACUUGUUUAACUGAACUUUACUCAGAAUUGUUUUUCGUUAGCAAUGAUUAAUCAUUACACACUAAAAUACUUUGAAUUCUGAUGUAUAUCUUCCAAACUUCUUAUCUGCUACAAUGGCCCAUUUGUACGAUGUAUGUCUGUGUUUUUUAUACCAAUUCCGUCCCGUUUAAAAGAGAGGGAUAUACCAAUUCCGCCCCUAUUAAAAAAAACUUAUAUAACAAUUUCGUUCCUAAUAAAAUUAAGGUUUACUACAAUAUUAUAAUAUCACUACAUAUAUAUAUAUAUAGUGAAAAAUACCUUCAUUUUCGUUUCAUAAUAAAAUUUAUUUUUAAGUAACCCGAUGUAUUGACCAAUCGAAAAGUCUACAUUUAUGACUUCUUUUCGGUUGUAUUUAGAUAUUAUAAAAAAACAAAUACAUUCUAUUUUUUGCCAUUUUUAGAUAAUAUUAUAGCGCAUAUUUCAGUGCUAUAAAAUCUGAGCCCUGAUUAUGAAUAUAUUUAUGAACGAUUAAAUUAUGACCUGGCUUGGCUUAAAUAAUAAAAAUGUACUAAUACAUAUAAUAUAUGUAUUAGUACAUUUUUAUAUAUAUUAUAUAUAACAUGUAUGUACCGGGCUACUCAAAAAUACAUUUUAUCAUGAAACGAAAAUGAAGGUAUUUUUUUUUCAAAAUUCAAUUAAAUUAAAUAAAUGCAAUAUAAAUUAAGUUAAAAUGUAUACAGAAUGUGCAUAGAUAUUUAUGCAUUGCAGAUAAAUAUCAAAGAUAAACAAUUCAUUAAAUAUUGAUUAGUCAAAAUAAAUGUAUUUUAAAAAUGCAUAUGGUUUGAAUUUAUAGGAUAUUUUUUUACAUAUUUAUUCGUGAUAUUUGACCUGAGCUUAAUAACCAAGGCCAAGACCAAAGAAUUGGUGUACCCUUAAAUUAAAUUUUUAUAUUCGGGACGGAAUUCGGAUGCAGCCAUGGUAACAACACUAAUGGUGAACGACGGGUGCGUGUAAUAAACCGUCGGUAUCUGUAUUUUAUUCUUGUCGUACCUAGUGUUUAUUUCAGGAGAGGAGAGGGGGUAUUAUCACCACAGAAAAAUAUAUUCCUUUUUACUACGUAAACUACAUGCGAUAUGAGUUAUGAUCCGAUUAUGAGUUAUCUUGUUGACAGUAAAAUUUAAAAAAAAAUAAGAGCUGAUACUGAGGGCCAUUGUUGUAGGUGUGUAGUGGAGAAGGUAGGAUACACUAAGUUAUUUAAUUUAUACCUGUAACCAACGAUAAAUCAUUAAUAACGAAAAACGAUUUGGAGCGAAGUUAUACAUGUUUUGAAAGGCCGUAAUAUUUACGAUUGUCGUCAAAAUUUGAUUUUAAAUAUCUUAUAAAAAUAAAAAAAAAUACAAAUUAAUAAUAAUUUUUUUUUAACUACUAAGUACUGCUUAUAAUGAGUCUCUUAUCAAAUUUCCAUGAAUUUCUGUUAAGUCUAACAAUUUGUCUACAAAGUAAUUAAAAAAUAUUAAGUAAUUAAAAAUAACGUAAAAGCCUUGCAAAGUUAAAAAGUUUAUAAUAGCUCAAAAAUAGUUUUGAUGUUCUGUAAUUUUACUACGUCUAAAAUAAGUAAAUAUAAGUUUGCUAUCAACAUUUUAAGUCCCUGCGAAUAUUUUAAACUGAAUUACAUUAAAAAAAGAUACGGAUAUACAUCGUACGAUGGAUACACUGAAGUUGUAUGUGAGAAAUUGGAAAGGUAAAGGGAAAAUUUAAUGUAUACCUGUACGCAACGAUUAACCAUUGCUAACAAAAACUAUUCUGAGCGGAGUUCGGUUAAUAGUGUUGAUUUGUCAAAUUAAUAAAAUUAUUAUUUUCGUACAUUUUCCCGUUCUUUCUACGUUUUUUUUGGUUUUGUUCAAUUAUUAAAAAACCACAAAGAAAAUCAAAAAAAGGCUUUCUUGAUCAACUAGAUAAAAAAUUCAACAAAAAAGAUCUCAUGGUGUUUUUUCUAACGGAGCAAUAUUCCUGGUAAAAAUGGAAAGCGUAAAAAUUUAAAAUAAUAAAAUCGUAACGCCUUAAAUUUGUCAGUUAUCAUUUUACGUUUUUUUCGGUGUCUCAUAAUUAUUAAUAAAACUAUAGAGAAAAGGAAAAAAACGAAUAACUUACUUAUGAACUAGACUAAAAAUUAAACAAAACAGAUCUCUUUUCGUUUAUCUAUCGAAGCAAUAUUUAUGUUAGAAAACAUAAGCCGUAAACAUUUAAAAUAAUAAAAUCAUUGUGAUGAAAUUUGAAAAAAAAAAAUGUAUAUUUCGUCUUUUUUUGGUUUUUCUUAAUCAUCAUUUAUUACAAAAACUACCUUGGAUAUCGAAAAACGAGUUACUCUAUCAAUGGCAAAAUGUUAACAGAAACAAAAUCAAUCUAUAAGGCCGUAAUAAUUAGCCGUUUUACCUAUAAUUUUCUUCCGUGUUUUACCCUAUUAUUUCGAAAACUCCAUGGAAAAUCAUAAAAAUGACUUCCCAACUAGAGAAAAUUACGUUUCAGAAAAGACAUCAUAGUUUAUACUUCGGAGCAAGUUUUCUGGUAGAAAAGUUGUUGGAACAGAAAAAUAAAAAAAAAUACACACAUCAUACCAAUAGAUCCAUUGCUUCGCCCCGAGUCUAAAAACACUGUGUGCUAUAAAUACCCGUAUUAACGAGCUACAAAAAAGCCACCAUUGAGCUUAUUUUCUCGAUUUUUUCCCCCGCAGUAUGAAAAUUCUUCGAGCCGGAUCUGCCUUUGGAAAUUUACGAUAGCCCCUCCUCCGGAGACAAAGGUCUGAACUGAAUGCUGGUCGUAACGUAACUAUUAUGAUAAUGUAUACAAAUGAACACGAAUAAAUAAUAAUCGCGUUGUCGCAUAAAUCGAUUAUUAUUAAUAUUAUAACAAAGGAGUGAAAGCUAAAAAGAUAAGAAAAAAAAAAUAAAAAAUGAAAAUACGUUCCGUCCAUUAAUAAUAUUUUCGUCGGAAUCGCGGCCGAGCAUCGGUAACCCCGUCGCCGCUAUAACAAUAAUAUUAUCCUAAUACGACGACUCAUAAAUUCCGUCUUGUCGCGCGCAUACCGCGGAGAGGAGCCGCCGCCGUCGUCUUCGGACGGAAUCGUUUUCCGCUUGGGUCUCUGCGGGCGAAUAAAAGCAACCGCUCGGCUGUCCGUCAAAACGCGGCUUAUCUGUGUAACGUCGACGCCGCCGCGCGCGUGAUACGUCCGUCAUCGCAACACGGUAAUAUUAUUUUGGUAUUUUUCAUCGCUCGCGCGGCGAUCACGAUCGAAUUUUUUUCCCCCGUGCGCGUUCCUAUUAUACGUUUUCAUUCGUGUCGGUAUUAUUGUAUACAGAUAGGUACACGUGCGACAACAGCACGCGCGCCUCCCCGAAAACGCGGACGUGCGGCGGCGGCGGUCGUCGUGACUGUCGUCACUAGCCCCGUAGUUCGGUUCGGACCUUCGGGCGGCGGCGGAAGUGUGACACGCGUGCCCGCUAAAACCCGCAGCUGGCUGAUGUGUAUAAAAUGUAUUAAUAAUACCGAUUUUCACUGUAACGGUCCGGGGCCCGUGUCCGGUACAUAGGCGUGUGCGGGAUACCGCCGAUGCAUAGAUCGUCCAAAUGAUAAUGAUUAUAUUAAAUACGCGCUAACAUAAUAUCGCUGUAAUAAUAAUACAUUAUUGUUAAUAUUAUUACCGUAGAAUAUUAUAUUAUUAUGAAUAUUAUGCUAUUAUGUGUCGAACCGCCGCAACCGCCUUCCGUCGGCGGUCGACCUUCUUGGCCGUAGUCGUCGUUGUCGUCGUCGCCACCGCCGCCGUUGCCGCUGUGCUGCACCGCAUGGCGAUAAUCACCAAUCAGUGUUAGUUUGGAUGUCCGAUCGGUUACACAGUGGUCUUGCGCGUAUUUCCCGAAAUCGUACCGUGCAUUGUAAUUAUCGUAAAAAAACAAUAUGUUGUUCAUAAUAAAAAAAAUUGGCUGAAAAAAGUGCGCGUCCGACGGCUGAAAAAGGGGAAUUCCGAUCGAAAGAUUGGUCAUCAGAUAUUUUACGGAUAUCGUUUAAGGUACACAUACACGCGCGCACGCGCGCGGAUUUAAUAUUUUAAUAUCAAUGCUUUGAUCUCGCGUCAUAAAGAUGCAAAUAUUCACGAUGAUAAAAAAAAUACCUGCCUCACCGAAGACAUAAAAUUUGUUUUAUAUACAUAUAUAUGUAAUAUAGUUAGUACGAAAAACUCGCACAUUUUACAAAACUGAUUACUAUAGGGUGUCAAAUAGCUUUCAAUGUGUUUUCAGCAACCUUCGGAUUGUAAACUAAUCAUUUUGACUACGCUAAAUUCGACAUUACAAAUUACAUUAUCCACAGUGACUUUCAUUUUUGUUUCAACCAUUUAAAUAUCUACUGCAAAUAAACUUAUCAAACUUAUAUUGAAAGAAAUAACUAACAAUUUGUCAUAUCAUAAACAAUGAUUAGUUGAAAAUAUUAAACAUAAUAAUAUUUUAACUCUUCAAAUGUAAUUUUUUCUCUUUUUUGAUUAAGUAUUACUAUUUUAUGAAUCUGCAGUGACCAUUGUAUUGGCAAUAAUUAAUUUAAUUAUCAUGUUACUUAUUAUAAAUUGAUUUGUUUGGUUUUGAUCCAUAUAUAUAUAUAUAUAUUCUAUAGGUACGUUAUGUGUUAUACAGUUUGUUCAUAUUUAUUUCUAAAUUAUUUAAGUUCAUAUUAUUACCUUCGUCGUUUUUAAUAUAUACAGUAUUUGCUGUAUUGUCUUCAAACGUUAAAGAGUUGAUAAUAAUUGCAAUUAAUAAAAUCAUCAUAACCUUCCUCAAAACUGGUGUUUACUAUUUUUUUUUUUUUAUGCAUAUAAAUUUUGACACACAUUUCUCAUAAAUGGGUAGGUUGGUUUCUGUUGAGUAUAUAUUAUAAGUGUAUAAAAAUCAUAAUAAUGACAAUCUAUAUGGUCGUAUACUAGUCGUAUGACUAGUGAUUUUGUUAUGUAAUAUUAUUAUUAACGAAUAAUAUUACAAACUACAAUUGAACAAAUUAUAAUAUUAUUAUUUGUUAAGUUUAAAACAUUUUGAAAUUCAUUCACUAUGUAAAUAUCAACCUAUUACGUUUUAAAUAUAAUUAAGCAUGGUGGAGAGGAUGUGCUUAGUCGCUUUUUCCGUCCUCCUAAUCAAUUCUUCUUAUAAUCGUAAAAAAAAAAAAAAAAAAAACAGUAUCUAUUUAAUUUUAUUUAAUAAUAAUUUUAAAAUACUACAAUUUGUUUUAUCUUCGUAAAUUCAGUCCUAUGUCCCUUUCCCUUCAUAAAGAAUUUCGAUACAAAUUAAAUAAGUACCUAGUUUAGGUGAAGUACCAAUUAUUAUUUGUUUGUAUUUUCUUUAUUAUUAAUUAGGAACAUAAUCAAUAUAAAAAUUGUUAUUAAUAAUGAUAAUAAUUAUUAUUAUUCAUUCAUUCAUAAUGUUAAUAGUUUAAACACUUAAAUCAUUGUACACACUACACAUCAUAUUAUUAUAAAAUAAUAGAAAUUAAUCUAUAGUAUAGCCAGUAUAAGAUAUAAUAGACUCAAUUUUUGCGUCGUUCGUCACUUUUGUCAAUAUACACAUUUUGCAAUCCACGCAAUAUUGAAUUGUCCGCGUGUAUAUCUCAUGUUUAUUUAUAUACAUACUUAUAUUUUCGUCAUAUUACAUAAUAAUAUAACACACAUAUAAAAUUUCAUAAACAAUGAUUCAGAUAAGAUUUUUUUUUCAAAAGUUUUAAAUAAUAUGCAUUUUUUAGGUGUAUUUUUUUUUUUCGCUCUUUUUUAGGCUUAUUAUAUUAUAGGUAUAACGAUUGGAUGUGAUUAAUUUAUAAUCAUUUGAAUACAUGAUAAAUAAUGUGUGUUUAAUAAAAUAUAGACAAAAAAAUAUUAGACGAUUAAUAUUAUAUUGUUUAGUAUAUCUUCCGUGUUUAGGAUGCGAAUACUUUUUAAUGGCCAUUAUUUCGAUGCACAAUACUAAUAAAUUAGUAAUAAUAAUUUUUCCGAGUACAAAUAUUUAAAAAAUAAAAAAGACAGACAUACUUCGCACAUCAGGUGAGCUAUUGUUGUAAGUGAGAACUUAGAAAGAUAUGAUAAAUUAAAGGAGCGGAUUUUAGUUUAUAUCUGUAUAUAACGAUUAAUCAUUGCUAACGAAAAACGAUUCUAAGGAGAGUUCAAAAAAAUAGUAUUGCUUUUUCAACAAUAUAUGUGACAUAUCAUAGUAAAAUAAAUACAUAUUGAAUACCACGAAUUACACAGUAAACAUACAUUAUUUCGUGGUGGGUAGUAAAAAUAUUUUACUAUUAUACAAUUUCAUAUUUUUUUUAUUGAUCUAUAAUUAAUAUAUGAUAUAAUAUAAAAAUGUAAAAUAAAGAAAACGUAAAUGCCGUAAAUGUGUUCGUUUCUUUUUUCGAAAAUCAAAAAAUUACUUUCUUUAUCACCGAUUAGAUCCAUAAUGCAACAAAAAGAUUAGAGCAAGUUUUCUCGAAGAAAUUUCGUACAUAGUAUAAAAAAAAAAUCCUUGUAAAAUGCAUACAUUACUCGAUUCGCUCAGAAUCUAAAACAAAAUAAACCCGUUCUUGCGUGAAUUUCCCCGUUUUUCCUACGUUCUUUACCGGUUUUUCAAUUAUUAAAAAAACUACUAUGAAAAUCAAAAAAUGAUCUCCCCAACACACCAACUAAACAUCAUUUUCUUUUAAAAAAUAUAUUACACAGGAAGAUAGAAAAGUUGUUUACAAACCGAAAAAGUAUACUUCUUAGUAAAAUUAAUACGUUAAAAUCUAAAAUAUUUAAGUACGAUUUCAUCGGUAUAAUUUUUGACCCCUUUUUUGAUAAUAAAGGUGAAGAUUGUGCCUAAGAUUGAGCUAGUUCACAAUUUUCACGCCAAUAUAACAAUAAUACUUUAAUAUCUCUAUUAUUUGUUAAAUUUUAUAAUUUCGUGUAGCUAAUUUUUAAUAAAAUUACGAAUUCCAAAAUAAAAAAUAAAGCACUAAUCUUAAGAUUCACUUUAAAAAUCAUUUAAUUCUUAAGAUUUUUACCCCUCAUGUCAUGAAAUUAUUUAAAGUUCUUUAUUUUGUGUUUAUUUAACAUACCCAUUGUAUUUCUAAUAAAAACCGCAUGCACAUUUUAAUGUUUUAAUAUUCAGAUAAAGAAUUCAAAAUUGUCAAAACAUAAAAUAUAAAAAUAUAUCAAAUUGAAGUAUCUAAUGAUUUCAAAUAAGACUAAUUUCAAAUGAAUUAAUUAAUAUUCCUGUUACAGUUAUAAUAAUAACUGUAUUGAGUAGGUACCACUUCACUAUUGAACACCUGAUAUAUAUUCUAUAGAUUUAAAUAAUUGUAUUUAUUUCACUUACCGUGCGGAAACUAACCAAAAUUAAAAAUACAUAAAUAUUUAUAAUAAUAUAUAUAUAUUUAUAUAUAAUAUCAUAACCUAAAUGUUCAAAUCAAAUAUUAGACCAGAUAGUAUCAAUUAUUUAAACCAGUUAUCGUUUUAGUUUUUUGGUCGUUAUUAAUAUUUUAUGCAAAUAAGAUUUUGUUUGAACGAUCUUAUAUCACAAAACUGAAAUUUGACAGUGUAAUAUACCUAUAUGAACAGAUAAAGUAUUGAUGUAACCAUUAUGGUUUCAUAUUCUUACAUAAUUUUUAUAGCUUGGGGUUUCAAUCAUAAUAUUAUACGGUCAGUUUUUUCACCGAUUAGAUUAUUAUUGUUAUAUGUUUCGGUGUAGGCACGGGUACCUAUAAUACUUUUACCAUAUACAUAUGUAUAUAUGUAGUAUAAAUAAAUGUAUUAUAUUGUAAUUGACGGACGGAUGAACUUGACAGGUGUGAAAAGUCCACAAGUGAGUGCAUCAAGGCACUAGUUAUACAGCUAUUAUUUGUUCUUAUAUUCUUUUGUGAUUACUUUUUACGGGCAUUCACUAUGCGACAUGGAUUGAAAAAUGUGUACUCGGUUUUUUCUCGAAAAUACAAUAGCCAACUCGCGUAUUCUGAAAAAUCAAAAUGAAAAACAGUUAGUUUUUUUUUGUGUAAGUAGGUAUAUAUAUUCACGGUCUUAGGUCACUUUAUACGAUCGAGCACGAAAAAUACAGAACGCGGAUACUUUGUAUACUACAGUCGGCUAAAAAGCUAGAACGCAGAAUGCGAUAUAUAUCAAUUUUAUUUGCCUAAUUAUAAAAAAACAAAUAUUAAAUAAUAUUUAUAAAAGUUAUUUUACCUAAGUCAUAUUCAACAUUAAAGACAAUUAUUUAAAUAAUAACUUUUAUGUAUGUUAAUAUACCUUUAUAAGCCAUAUUAAAAAUCAAAAUUAAAGUAUUAUUAAUAUUAUUAAAAUAAUAAUGUACAAAGAGUUAAGAUGUUACAUAAAAAAAAAAAUUUAAAAAACCAAAAACUACAGGUAUAACAUAUAAUUGCAUUUAAAAAUUCAUAAUUGAUAAUUAUUUUUUUCGUCGUGUUUUAACAACAAAUUUAACAAUUCGAUAAUCACUAUUAUACUGUCGAUACACAAUGUAUUAUUGUAUACUAGGUAUGUGUGUUCAUAUGCAUAUAAUAAAUAAUAAUAUUCCGCGUUUGAUAAUUUUUGUAUGUACUACAUGUACUUUAUGUAUUAUAUUCACAAUAAUAUGUUCAUUUUAGUAUAUUAAAUAUAAAUCAUUAUUCCUUUUAGUUUUCCGUUUUAUAGUCUGUAAUACCUUUUUUUCCAUAUUAUAGCCUCCACCGGAGGGGGGGGCGUGUCCGCAUGGCUUCCUCUGGCUCAGCCUAGUAAGUACUAUACCUGAGUACCUAGAGUACCUACCUACGUCCCAUUAGAGCAUGCGGUAAGAAAAUUUUAAAACUGCACAUUUCUGUUUCAAGACCGUAGUUAGAAAAAUAUUUAACGGAGCAUUGUUUUUGGGCAUUAAUUAAAUUAUUUUGGGGGGAGGUGGUUUUAUACCCCUGAAUUUACCUCUCAAAUUUACUACCAAAUUUGAUAUUUGUUUUCUUUUUAUAAUGACUUAAUCUUAUCGCUAUUUUCACAUUGAUUGUUAUUUUUAGGGAGUUUCAGCACACGCAAUUAAAAUACUUUUGAAGAACUGCACAUUAGCACAAGCCUUGCACCCCAUAUCUUAAUAUAAAUAUUUUUCAUUUGAAAUAAAUUAUCUAUAUAUUAGUAAAAUAAAUUUCUAGGUUAUUAAGACAUUAAGAGUAAAAUUAAUAUCUAAAUAUUUAAUAUCUGAAUGUUUAAAUGUUAAAUUAUAUUUCUCUCUAUUUCUAAUAUUUGUAUAUCUGUAAAGGUUAUUAAUUUAAAGAAUAUUAUUAUAUUACGUAUAUUAUGUAUUCUUGUUAUUAAUAGGGUCUGUGUGCCCAUUAAAUAUGCAAUAUAAUAUAGAAACUAUUCGACAAUAAUCUUCGUCAGCGACCUUUAAACAAUUUUAAUAAAAAUAAUCGUGGAUUUGAUUUCAUAUGUGAUAACCACCACGGGCUAAUUUUUUACUAUUAAUGGUUUUUAUAUAAUACAUCAAUUAAUAAAUAAUAUGCAAUUGUAAAAUAUAAAAGAAAACCGUAAAACCAAUUAUUAUUGUUCGCCCGCAAUCUAUCUCAGACCGCCGCGCACUGUUAUAUCGGUCAUUCAAAUAACUAUUAUAAUCAAGUACCUACGAUUCGGGAUUGCGUGAGAAUAUUUUAUUUUCAAGUCAUGAACGGCUAAAACAAAAAUAAAAGCAAUUUUUUUUUCUUCGACACAUUCGGUACACCUAUCAAUACUAUUGACGGAUUUAAUUACAAUGUAGUGUAUUACUAGUAUAGUGUUGUAUAUAAUGUAUUAUAAACCCUACCCUACAGUCAUAAAAUAUCGUGCACAUAUAGUGUGUACGACUUGUACGAGGCGUAGUUUGUUGACCGCAUUUACAAUAGCCGCACAUAAUAUUAUAGCCGACGAACUUAUCAUAAAUUGCAAUCAUCACGGAUCAUCGGUUUUGUCGAUCGCACGAACAGUUUUAACCCGAUAACAUAGUAUAAUACAAUUCGAAUAUACUAGUAUAUUAUACUGUAGUAUGUAGUAAUGUAGUACGGUUUUUCGCAUAAAUAAUAUAUUUCAAUAUUAAAAUAAAUUUAAUAUAUAUCUAGAUAAGCGACAACUAGAAAAUCCAAUUAUUUAAAUUUAACACCUUUUAUUUUUAUUUUUACUUAUACAAAUAUAUAGGUACCUAUAUAAUAUUAUAUUAGAGUGUACCUACAAAAAAAAAGUUUGAAUCUCCCGAUCGUAGUGAAACUAACCUAUAUAUUAUAAGUAGAUUUUUCAUUCGUUUGCAGUGUCGUGAUUUGAUGUUUCUUGAAAGUCGACCCGGAAUUUUAGUAUUUAUAACUCCCGUCUAUAAAACUUUCCAUUUUACGUAAUGUCAUUGAAUUACCUACUAAUAAUAAUACAAAUAAGUACCUGGCUAACCAACAGGUGUUGUAUAAGUAAUGGUCAAUACUUUGACGACGACUCACUAUUAUACUACGGAGUAGGGGGAGGGGAAUGCUCAUUGUCCCUUCUGGAUCCCUCACUGUUAUAUUUUGUAACAAAAAAAGGUUAAUUUCUUUUGUUAAGGAUUUUGUGAAGUUAAAUAAAUUAGUUUUUAUGUUUAAUAUUCGAAUCAACGUACAACGAAAAAAUAAAAUAGAAAUAAAUUACCAGCACACCUAAAAUUUUUUCCAACUAACAUCGUACUAUUGCAAUAUAAUAUGAAGUAUAUAAUAUUAUAUACUUAUAGGUACUAUGUAUUUUAGAUUCUAAGCGAAAUAAAGAUUAUAUAGAUUUUACAACGAAUUUAUUUUUUUUUUUUAUCUGAAAAAAUUUUCCUCUUAAAAUCUGACUGGGGUGGGACUUUAGGGGGGGUAGCUUUUUGAUUUUCUCGAAAGUUUUCAUAAUAAGUGGGAAAAAACCGUACUAAAAUUGGGAAAAUUUACGAAUGUGUAAUUUUUUAAUAGUAAAUAUUACGGCCUUUCAAAACAUAUAUAACCGAGCUCCGCUCAGAACGGGCGUCCCUAUACAGUUUUCAAGAGAGGGAGGGCAAAUCUAUUUUAGAUUCUUAUUGAAGCGAAAAAGCUUAUGGUUUUACUAAGAUGUUUAUUAUUUAUUUUUUUUAUCUGUGUGCAACUUUUCUACCAGAAGACUUGCUCGGAUUUCUACGUGUAGCACUUAAUCUGUAAGAAAAUCGGUGUAGGAAGGUACUUAAAGGAAGUCAUUUUUCGAUUUUCUCAAGAGUUUUUUCAUCAAAUGUGAAAAACCGAAAAAUAAAACGGGAAAAUUUACGAAAUAUAAUAAAUAUAAAUUACGAUUUUUUUAAAUAACUAUUCUACCAGUAAUUUUACUCCAAAUUAUAAUGAUAGCAAUGUUUCUAAAAAUAAAUUUCACUAAGGAAGUACUUUAAAGAAGUCAUUUUUCGAUUUUCUUCAGAAAUUUUCCCAUCAAAUGCGAAAAACCGGAAAAAUCGAUACAAUAUUAAACAAGUAUUAUUAAAGAAAAUAUAUAAAACUCAUUUAGUUAUUUUACUAUAAAAUACCAUAUAUAUAUUGUUGAAAAAGCAUCACUAUCAACUGAACUUCGUUCAGAAUCGUUUUUUCGUAAGUUAUGGUUUAUCGUUGCUUAUAGAUAUGCAUUAAUUUAUCUUUAACAGUGGCUGCGCCCGUCCCCAUUAUCCUAGGACGUCUUUUUUUAUAUAUUUUUCAUACAGAGUUCAAUGGUAUUAUCUAAGAUUAAGUGAAACUUUUUAAUUUGUCUGUGAUAUUAUCUUAAUUUAAAUAUUUAAACAGUAAUGGUUAUCAGUAGAUAAUCAUUAUUAUCUAUGUAGUUAUUCGUUUUUCUACUGAUAACAGUAAAUUAAAAUUUUGAUCAUUAGUAUUUUGUUGACAAUAAGAACAUUUGUAUACAUUAAAAAUUGUUAAAGGAGCGAAUGCCCCUCCCUCCCUUCUUGGGGAUGCACCCGACUCAUAAUCGUUUUUCGUUAACAACUAAUCGUUACGUAAGAUAUACAUUCAAUUUUCCCUCUACCGUCCUAACUUCUCAGUUUUCCACCUAUACAACAUUAAGAUUCAAUAAAUACAUUAUUAUACAUGUUUAGCCAUUUAGGUAAUAUUUAAAAUAAUUACAUUAUACGAACAUGGAUUUUAUAAUUUAACAAUGAAAUUUGUUUUCAAAAUUAUACAAAUUAUACAAAUUUCCAAUUAAAAUAUUAUCAGUGUAAAAUGAAUGUUUGGGAAUUGUAUUUAUCGUUUCUCAUAAUUAAAAUAAUAAGUUCAUAUCAACUUAUCUAAAAUUAAAAAAUAAUAAUAAAAGAUAUAAUACAGCUAGUUUUUUUUAAACAUUUUACUCAUAAUACCUAUUUUUGUUUUCAAUAGUCUAAAUAAUGCUUUCUUAAUCUUAUUUAGUUUUACAUUAUUAACAAUAAACCAGUAUUUCAAAUGUUCAUUGAAAAAAUUCUUUAUCCUAUCCAUAAUCAAUGUCAAAAAACACGUUGGCUUUUACUUUAGUUUUUUUUCUUCAAGGAACGCGUUUAUCUGGGCAUUCCUGUUUUCCCCUUUAAUACCUUCCACGGUCGUCACGAUACUUAUCUGACAUUUUUAUUAUCAAUUUUCAUAAAACGUUAUCAUCGCAGUCUUCAUCUUCUAUAAGACUGUGUUUUAAUCUUUACAAUUGAAUUUAUUAAUGAUUAUUGAUAAAUUUAAUUAAUUAAUGAUAAAGGAUAAACUGACAAAUUUGACGUUAAACAAGUCAUCGUUGUCGUAAUCAUUGUGCUAAAAUUGAAAAGGUUCAUUCUUAACUUAGUAUUUUAUUAAAAUGUGUUCAAAAUAAUAUAAAAUAUAAUUUAAUGUUUUAUAAAUAUAUAAAAUAUUUAAUAAUAUAUUAUAUAUAAAAUAUUUCAUAAAACAUUGAUUUAUAAAUGUUAGAUUUAAAGAAAACUUAAUACCUAACAUAAAAAUAAAACACAUAAUAGUACUAAAUUUUCAGUUAUUAUAGAUAAUACAAUUUUAAACUAAGAAAACGUCAAUAAUCAUGAAAUUAAAUAAAUCGCUAUAGUUUAAAAUAAAAUCGCAUACACGCGAUGUUAUAUUUUGAAGCAUUUUGUUAUUUUGCAGUUUAAAAAUGAUUUUAAACUUUUUUACGUCAUCCCCUAACAAUUUUUCUAAAACGGUUCUUAAAAUAUUAACCACAGUGGUUAAUUUAGAAUUACAGAUAGGUCAAGUUAUAAACGAAUUCGGCACUACAAACGGAGUAUUAUCAUUACUUAUUAUAUUUCACAAUAAAUAAUGGAUUAUAAAAUAUUAUUUUACUAUUGACACUGUGAAAAUUAUUUACUAAAGAAUGGCGCGUCAUUUUGUGUAUUAUGUCGUCGGUUUUAUCAUCAAAACUGGGCAUAAACAUAGUAUUUCGUUUUGCGGUAUACUAAUAAUAAUAAUAAUAACAAUAUAUUCUCUAACGAAUUUUCAUUCCUUAUAAUUUUAAAAGGCCGCCGCAAGCAGUAUUAUGAAUAUUAUAGAUAUACCUAGUUGUGUACAUUAAACGGUGUGGCCCGUGGACAUCUGCGCCGGACGUCCUUGAAUUUAUUAAAAUUAUGAUUGCAGUAGUAAUUACGUUAUGCUUUUUUUUUUUUGUCGAUUAUACUUGCAUUUUAUAAUAUUAUUCGACCACUCCUAGGAGAAUAUUAUACAAUUAUUUAUUUUAGAUUAUAUUAUUAUAUAGCAUGCGCUCAUAUACCACCAGAUCUACGUAUACAUUACUUAUAUACCUUAGGUACCUACCCUAAUGAUACCCUUGCAGGGUUUGUGCCUCUCAUUAUUUCUUUCCAACAUCUUUAUGAGUAAAAUCGAUUUUCCUCUUAUAUCAAUAACACAUUCUCUGUUACUUUAAAAAAAGUACCAUAAUAGGUAAACCAUCUUACUCCAUUCGUUCACCUGUAAUAUAAUCCUUUUCACGUAAUCAGAUUUUAUACUUACUUACGUAUAUAGUUUACCGUGACUAUUAAUAAUUACACCAACUCCUUGGUCUUCCCAUGUCGCUGACUCCCAUUUUACCGACAUUUUAUUUUGUUAUAACUUACCGGCAACGUGCGUUGCUUGCGUUGCGUUGCUUGCGUAGCUAUGUACACCUGCUCGUGACCUCAUUAUUUCUACAUUAUGCUACUACUUAAACCAAUAACAAAAUGUAAAUUCCAAAAAAAAAUAUAUGAAAUUUUAUUUAUUUAUUAAUAAUAGUUAUAAUACGUUCACGAGAAAAACAUUUUAUAAAAAUAAAAUAUUGAUUAGAUUAUGUUGAACUACUGGUUAGUGUUUGCUUCAUAUAUAUACAUGGUAUUUGAUUGUGUCAAAAUAUUCCAUACCUAGUUAUUAUUUCAAUGUCUUUUAACCUGAAAUAGUUACAAUAUUAAUGGUUAAAUAACAAAAAAAAAAAGCUCAUACUAGGUAUGGGUGUGUCAUUGUUGUAUGUACAGUCAUAUACUGUGUAAAUUGAUAGAUAUAUUUUAUGUAAUGUUGUAUACCUGAAUAUUUUUAUUCAUACUUAAAUUACGUCUAGUACUUUUUUUGCAUAAUUAAUAUUUUCCAUCCCAUUUUUCAGAUUUAGGACUGGCAGUAUAGUAUUAAUAUUUUAGCAAUGUGUGAAAACGAAAUUUUAAUUCAUCAACCUCUUUAAACGUUUUAUUCCUUUCGCUUUUCUUAGCGUUCAUUUUUAUUAAAUUGAAAAAAUAAUAUAUUAUGUUACAAAUAUUAUUCACAAUACAUUUUUAAAUUAUAAUCAAAAAACAGCAAACCAAUAUUAAUACAAUUACAUUGCCAGUCUGAUUGCCAGUAUUAAGUCUGAUAAAUGAAAAGGAAAGUAUUGACUUUGCAAAAAAGACUUAGACUUAUGAAUAAAAUAUAAUUUGGCAAUUAUACAAAAUAUACCCGGGACGCAGUUUACAUAUUCAUAAAAUAUACCUAGGCCACAAUUUACAUAAAAAGGGACGAAAUAUACAGCGACCUGUGAGAAAUAACCCUAUACUAUACACGGAACGAUUAACUAUUGGUAUAACAUUUUUUAGUUUCAAAGCGUAGCAAUUUUUCCAAGAGUUUUCCCAGUAAAUGGGAAAAACGGGAAAUAGGUACACAGUAUUAUUCAUUAUUAAAGAAAAAAUAUAGGUAAUGCAUAUGUAAUUAUUUUACCAUAAUAUGACACAUAUAUAUAUAUAUAUUAUUGACUGACAUAUCAACACUUAACUGAACUCAGAAUCCUUUUUCAUUGAUAGUGGCUAAUUGUUGUUUACAGAUAUACAUUAAAUUUCCCCUCUACCGUCCCAACUUCUCAUCUACAAUUGCAGUGGCCCACCCAUCGUACGAAGUAUCUUUUUUUAAUGUAAAUCAGUUUAAAAUAUUCGUAGGAACUUAAAAUGAUGACAGUAAACUUAUAUUUACUCUUUCUAGACGUGGUAAAACUUUCAGAACAUUAAAACUUAUAGACAUUUUAAUUUUGCGAGUUUUUUACGUAAUUUUUAUUUGGUAGAUAGGUACUUUUUAGAUAAAUUAUUAGACUUCAGAAAUGUUUGAAAUAGGAGGUUCAUUAUAUAUCGUACUUAGUGGUUAAAAAAAAAAAAAUACUUUAGUUUUAUUUAGUAUUUUUUUAAAUUUUUAUAAGAUUUUUAAAAUCAAAUUUUAACGACAAUCGUAAAUAUUACGCCUAUCAAAAUAUGUAUAACUUUGCUCCGAAUCGUUUUUCAUUAUCAAUGGUUUAUCUUUGGUAAUAGGUAUAAACUAAAUAACUACGUAUUCCACCUUCCCCACUAUCCACUUACAACCCAUUUUUAAUUUAAACUCUUUUUUUUUUUUUUUUUUAAUCAUAAUAUAAUUUAAAAGAAAAUGAAUGGACAAACAAUGUUUAUAAAUUGACAUAAAUGAUUAAUGUUAAUAUGAAAACACGUAUGUUAAUGUUAGUCGCUUUGUGCUGUAGGCCAAGUGCUGUUGAACUGGCUAGUAUCGUCGUUCAGUACGGAGGAACGGCGCAGAGAUGCCCGGCUGUUGUUACCACAGAUCUGCACGGACUUGUUGACCGCGGGCGUCAUCAAACAGAUACGGAACAAGGAUGUGGUAAUCGGUGAUUUGUUCAGAGUAAGUCUAUAUGUUUUUUACUGUUUGUUUGCCCAUUUCAACAAUAAGAGCAAUACUCCUGAUCAUAUAUAUUAGGGACGGCCAAUGUAGAUCGCGAACAAUUUCAAUUUCGAUCUCCCUUUGUUAGAAUUAAGUUUUAUAUAAUUAGUAGAUAAAUCUCAAUUGCCGAUAAUUUGUAUCUUAUUAGAUUAUUUGUUGUCAGUUUAUCAAGUAAUACAGUUCAAUGGUUUUUAUGUUGUCGAUUUUAUUUCUGAUAUAUUUAAUUUAUAAUAUUAUACAAAACUGUGAUAAAAAACAUUAUUUAAUUAUAAAUUUUAUUUUUAUUAUUUUUUAUUUAUUUUAUUAUUUUUUUCUUCCAAUUUGGCAGUUUUAGAACAACAGUUCUCAAAUUAACGUUUUUUGUCUCGAUAUUUUAUUAAAUAAACUGAUUAUUAAUUAGUGUAACUAAUCAAAUAGUACCUACAUUAUUAAUAGGCCAUUUCUUAAACUCCGAUUAGAUAAAAAAAAAAAACUAAUAUAAUAUAUUCAAUUUUGGCCAUAAAAAUCUACAAUUACAGAUUUAGAUCACAAAUUUAAAAAUAUUAUUGCUUACCUACAGAAAAGUAUAAAAAAUACAACAAAAUAAAUAUUCUGAAUAUUUAUUCCGAAAAGUGUUAAAAAUAAUAUUCAACUUAUAAUACAAUAAAAGUAUUAAAAUAUUAUUGUUUGAAUUCAUUUUUCAUUUUUUCUCUUUACAUUAAUCUUUACUAACAUAAAACUAUUCUGAGCGGUGUUCGAUCACACAUGUUUUGAAAGGCCAUAAUAUUUACUAUUUGAAAAUAAUAAAUAUCGUAUUUUGAUGACACAUUGGGUGGUUUGUAGGUAUUUAUAAUGAUUAUUCCAUAUAAUUUUGUUAUUAAGAUCUCGAUGUUCCCUUUGCAUUCGCUGUGAUCUAUCUUUCUUGCACUGUCAAUGUCAUCUUUCACAAAUGUUAUUACACCAUACUGUUCAUAGUGAAUUACACCAAUAAGUACAUAACCGGCUAUGUAUCCUCUUCUGCAUAGAUCAGAAUUAUCAAUUGUAUGUGUCUCUUGUAUGGCAAUUAUAUCAAUAGAUAAUAAUAUACUUAAACUAAGUACUACUUACGUAUACGCUGGACCUAUACAUAUCAAUGGGUGAUUAUUUUUUUUCAAAACGAUGUUCAACGAUGAGUUUAUAAUAUUAUUUUCCUACAUAUCACUAAAAGAACCUCUUAUAUAUAACAUAUAUGUAUACAGAGUGAUUCACUAAGUGUGCCAACCAAAUUUUUUUGAUUAAAUUUUGCAUAUAUUCAAAUUCUGAUUUUUGGAAUUUUUAAGUGUAGUUUAAGUCCAUAUUUUCGAAUUCUUAGAUUUUUUACAUUUACGAGUAUCCUAUGGCGAUACCAACUUUGGUUUUUCAAAUGAGAACCUAUAUUAAAAAUUAUAUAUAUAGAGAGAUUCCAUAAGUAGACGGAACACUACUUUAAAUACAUUUUAGUGUCGACAUUUUUAAUUUCCGUCAACCCAUUAACGAGAUACUUCACUUUUAAGUUUAGGCCGAGGGAAAGUAGUGAUGCACUAAUAAAACGCCGCACACCGCGGUGGCAUAUAAAUAAUACUCCAGUAUCUUCCUCAACUUAAAUUUAAAAGUAGAAUAUCUCGUUAAAGGCUUGACGGAAAUUAAAAAUGUUGACACCAAAAUUUAUUUAAAAUAAAAUUAACUAUAUAUUAAUUAUGUUUAUGGAAUUUUUAAUAUAGGUUCUCAUUUGAAAAACCAAAGUUGGUAUCGCCAUAGAAUACUCCUUGAAAGUUGUGAAAAAUCUAAAUGUGAAAAAAAAGAAAUUUAACCAAAAAAAAUGGGUCGAGCACGCUUAGUGAAUCAUUCUGUGUAUUUGUAUAAUACGAGAAUAUUCUAACAAUGUUAAGAUUCUAAUUGUAAUAUAAUAUUGUGACUACCUUAACUAAACUUUCACACCUAUAUCCUAAAUAAUCUUAUGAAUACUCUGGAAACUAAUGCAUAACUAAUAUUAAAGCUAAUUAAAUAUAAUUUACUCGUGAUUUUAUUCACAGUCAGACCUCAUGUAUUACUGGGCUCAUUCUGAACUGAUUAAUACACCGUCAUCGUCUCCGGGACGUAUUAAUCAACCAACAUGGUUAACAGGCAAUAAUUCAGGUAUCAUGAUUCAUUUUGUACAUUUAUGAAUAUUGUUACAGAAUAUAAUAUGUAUAUAAUAUUACCUAAUUUUUUUUUUAUAUUUAAUUUGUGUAAAGGUAUUGAAAAUGUUAAAGAUGGGCAAACGUCUCAAACGUAUUCAAAACCUCCAGAAGAACUACAAGAAAUUCAAAACAAAACUGUUUCAAAACAGGUAUACUUAAUAGGUUUUUCAAUGGUUUAUUGUAAAACUAUAACAUGCAUUUAUGUGUGUAUAAAUAAAUGUAGGUGAUUAAAGUGGCGUAGUCAGAAUUUUCCUAGAGGGGUCAAGGGGGGGCACUAGAUUAACACCAAAUGUCUACACUUAAAUCUUUAUAAUACAUAAUAAUAAUCAACAUACCAUAAGACACUUAUUAUCUCAGAAAGUAUUAACUUUUUUAAAGUUUGUUUUUAGAACAUCUAAAAAAUGAGUAGCUCUAAAAUUUUACAUUACCUUUUUUUCGCCCUUAUUUUAGGGGGUGAAACCACUAAAGAGAAGAGUGGUGAUGCAUCAUUUGUGUGAUGGCAUAGCGUGCAGCGUUUUAGUAUUCCACCACUCUCUCCCCACCGAAACUUAAAAAUGAGAUAACUCGUCAACGGGUUGACGGAAAUUAAACUCAGGUCCCCCUUAAAUACGCCAUUAGAUGCCUAUGAUUUAUUAAACUAUUACUAAAGUUUGAUAAUUCGUAUAUUUUAGCCACCGUUUAAAAACGGCAUAGGUUCAAUACACAAAGAAAACAUGCCAGAUGUUGAAAACAUAUCUGAUUAUUCGCCAAUUAAAACUCCUAAACCAACAAGUUUGCCAAUAAGACGCAAAAAAUCACUGUCUUCGUUAUCCGAUAAAUUCUCAACUCUAUCAAUUGAUCAGUCAAAUGUUCCUGCCAAACAAACGAAUGGAAAUACGCCUGAUGAAAAUUUUUUAAAAAAAGGGAACGGUACACAAUCUCCAUCUAGCAGGACAUCGAUUUCAUCAACACCGAAACAUUGUUCUACUCCGUUGUCAAAUAGUCCUAAUGGUGCAGAUGAUACUCGAUUUUAUACUCCAGUAGGUGUGAAUGACUUCACAUACGAUGGCAUGUCUUCUAUUACGACAACACCGAAAAUUUCCCUUCUAAAUAAGGUCGCCUUUGAUAAUCUAACACCUAAUUCUGAUACAAGUAAUUGUAGUACAAUUAUCCAUAGUACUGCUGAAACAUCAGAAAUACUAUUGAGUUCACCCGAAGUCGCUAUAGAAGCUAUAAAAUGUGAUUUUUCGACAAACUCUCCAGUUUCUACCAACAAAACUGUUGAAAUUAUUCAGAAACAAACUUCAACAAAUAUAGUUUCACCAAUAUGUAUUGAAAGCAAAAACUUACCUUCGUUGAUAAAAGAAAAUUCUACACCAUUAUUAUCUCCUAAAAGUGAAAUUCCGACUUCGUCAUCUUCACUGAUUUUAGAAAGUACUAUUCCAUCACCAUCAUCUUAUCAUAUCCCUGAAAUAAGUAUUUCAUUUCCAUCCCUAAUACCUCUUCCUUCUCACCUAUCUUCACCAAGACUGCCAGACAGUAUCAUUCCACCUCCUCCCCCUCCACCGCCGCCGCCACAAUUAUCAGAGAGUUUAAUUCCACCACCACCUCCGCCACCACCACCACCACCACCCCAAAUACCUGAAAGUUACAUUCCACCUCCACCUCCUCCACCUCAACAACAACCAGAAAUAAAAUUUCCUCCCCUAUCACAAAUUUCCGGUGCUUCCAUUCCACCUCCACCUCCGCCACCACCACUACCACUACCACCACUCUCUCAAGGGAAUUGUGUACCUCCUCCUCCACCACCACCACCACCUCUAUUAAGUAGUACGCUUAACGAAAUUCCGCCACCACCUCCAUUAUUUAAUAAACUACUUUGUAACUCCAAUGGUCCUCCACCUCCUCCGCCACCAAUGACUGGCCCAACACCGUUUCCAGCGCCUCCUGUUGGUGGUUGGAAUGCUCAACGAGAUUGUAAGUAUUGACUAGAAAUUAUUAAAAAUAAGAAGGAAUAUCAUUAGUUAACUGCACUAUUAUAACAUCUAUAUUUUAAAUAUAGUAUUGCGUAAAAAGCCAAUAACUCCGCCAGUACCUAUGCGACCAUUAUAUUGGACGAGAGUUAUAGUGAAAGAACCUAUUGUUGAAACAUACACACCAACUACACCAGAUUCACCGGAUGGGUAAGCAUAAAUUUAUUAAUUUUUAAUUUUCAAAAAACUAAAUGCUAACAUUUCUAUAGUUUAAAACCACUUUGGAGUGAAUUAGAAGAAGCCCCGAUACCAAAUAUUACCGAAUUUUCACAGUUAUUUUCUAGACAAGCAGUUGAACCAAAAGUAGCGAAAAAAAAAGUGCAACAAAAAAAAAAAACUGAGGUGAAUUUGAACAAUUAUGAAUUAUAUAAUUUGCUUUAAUAUGUGUAAAUUAACUUGAAUGGUUUUAUAGGAAUUCAAGCAAUUAUUGGAUACAAAAAGAUCACGAAAUGUAGGUAUAUUAGCUCAAAGUUUGCAUUUGGAUUUUUCGGAAAUAGAAAAUGGUAAUUAUACUUAUACAUUUACAUAAAUGAUCAACUAAUUAUUACGAAUCAAAAAAAUUAUUAAUUCGUCAAUUAAACCAUUCAAUUUUUUCAGCUCUUUAUAAUUUUGAUACGUCUUUGGUAAGCGUUGAAGUACUUCAACAAAUUUAUGAAGUGGUGAGUAAAUAAUGAACAAUUAUAUAAAUAUUUAGAGUGUUUAUUAAACCUAUAAUGUCAAUACGUGUGGCGCACCGAAUAUUACUAUACAAUCAGUCAUGAACUCAUAUAACCUCCUCCGAAAUGUCUUCCUUCACUAAAUUUUUUUAAAAUCAAGUUUUACAUUCAACAACAUAAUAUCGUAUACCCCAGAAUAAAAUAAAAUUUGAUUUCGCCAAAAAUAAUUUAUUCAGUAAUAAAUCAGCCGCGCCGAACACGUACUUUUAUGGGGCGGUUCACCACUGCAUUUAAUUAUAGUGAUGGAUGUCGGGUAGAUAAUACUUGUAAAUUGUAGCAUUGUAGCAUGUGUACCAAUGACAAGGGUUGAGGUAUGAUAAAGUUAUAAGUUAUAAAAUUGAAAUUAUUAUAAACAAACCCCUCCCAAAAAAAAAUUUUGUGUACGCUACUGAUAAUUUCUAUGGAAUAUUGAUAUUAUAAUUACAAUUGUAAAUGAUAUAAUAGUCUAGCCUAACCUAACCUUACAAUAUCUACAGUUGUAUGUUAAAUUGAAAAAUUAAAGAAGAAAAAAUAAAAAAUAUUUGCGAUAGUGUUCCUCAUAAAUUAGAACUUUUUUCCGUUCCUCCUUCCUUUAUUACAAAAGUGAGUCCUUCCAGCCUUCGUUCCUAUAAAAAGAACGUGGUCCUUACCAAUACUGAUACUUUGUUUACCUAUAUAAUUUUUAUUUAUCUAUUUUAUAUUAAUUUACUGUAGAUUGUAAUCAUGUAUUGAAAAUAAUUGUAUAAAUUGCACCUAUGCAUAUUUAGUAGUCUAAUUUUAUAGAAUAGUUGUAAAGAUGUAGAUGAGUGCUUCACUCUCCAAUUCCUCACACACUCAGGGUCUCUGACAUGAUUAUUUUUUACAUUGCAUAUCCUUGUACCCCGAAAUUAUGUCAACGUCCAAAAAAUCUAAAUUUAAGAAUUUUUUGUUGUAGGCUGCUACAGAAGAAGAAUUGAUUUUAAUUAAGGGCCAUUUAGCGUCACAUCCAGACCAACCACUUGACAAACCUGAACAAUUUCUGUUAGAACUCAGCGAAAUACCACAUUUCGGAGAGCGUGUGGCGUGUUUAAUUUUUCAAUCUGACUUCAAUGAUGCCUUAAAUAACAUAGCAAGCAAGUUGAAUAAUAUGAAAGCUACAUCAAGAGUAAAUAUUGCAUUAUGAAUAUUUAAUACCUAUAAUACUAGUAUAUUAAUAUUAUGUAUACUUAUUUAUUAAGUACCUAAGUAUAUAACAAAAUAUACAUCACCAAAUACUAAUUUACCGACCUAUUUUUAUGAUUUUAAUUGUUAAACAGUUUUUAAUGACUUCGGAGGGUUUGAAAAAAGUUUUGGCCAUCAUAUUAGCAUUGGGGAAUUAUAUGAAUGGAGGAAAUCGCCAACGUGGUCAAGCAGAUGGAUUUGGUUUAGAAAUCUUACCUAAACUUAGAGAUGUUAAAAGCAAAGGUAAAAAUAAUUAUAUUAGCAAAAUGAAAAACGAAUGGCGUAGUAUGUAUUGGUAUAAAAAAUUUAACUAAAUGAAAAAGAAAAAAAACUAAGUAUGGUGGAUUUUAACACUUUUAAGCCGAAAAUUAUAAUGUACCUACCAGAUAAAAAUAAUAGAGUAAUCAUCGGAUUUGAUUUAAACGGCCGUUAGGUAGUGAAAAGCCCCUAUGUAGCCUUUUAACAGUUGUUGGACUUCAUUUGGGUGAGUACUCCACAAGAGCGAACAUUGCAUUAUUUUGACUGUUUUUUUACGACAGAAAACAAAAAUCUUUGAUCAGGAAUAUAUAAGUCGGUCUAAUGGUGAAUGGAUAGUGUUUGGAUGCUGGAAAAUGGUCAGUCGGCCACCACACUGACUGUUUCAGUGAUGGAUUUAGUUCUUUGCCCAGGAGGGGGGCAAUAUUUUUAAUAUCCCAUACAUUUACGUGUACAGUUAAACAAAACGUCUAGGGGAGGCCAUGGCCCGUAUGUCCCUAAUUAAACGCCACCACUGGACUGUUCUAAACUCCUAUACAGAUUUUGUAUUUAAAAACGAUUUAAUUUUUAAAAAUUUAGGAUAUAAAUCAAAAUAAUAAUAAUAAGAAGGAUACUGUUCGAGAGUUGCUCAUUGUUGUAGAUAAAAAGUCAAGAAGGUAGGAUAAUAUACAGGGUAUAUUACUAUAUUAGGGUAGAUCAAAAAAAAAUUUUCAUUAGCGGGCUUAUCUUUAUAGUAUAUUUGUACAGGUGUUGCAAUACCAUACAAUCUUCCUUUGAGAAAAUAAAAAUAAAAAUCCAGUACGCGAGCAGCAAUUUUAGGUCAAUAAUGCUAUUUGUAUGUAUUUUAUUCUUUUUACGAUUUAAAUUAUUGCUGAACAAAAAAUGACAUAAAGAUAAAUUAUCAGAAUGAAAUAAGGAACAAAGAAGGUUUGUUUAUUUAGCCGUUUAGUGUAUAGAGAAUUAGGUAUAACCAGCAUUCAGUUCAGGAUUUAAAGGACAUUUUACCCGGAUUUGCAGUGGUCUAACAACCGCGUGACAGCAAAUUUAUUUUUCAGCACGGACCACUCUACUGUUAGUUUUAAUUUUAAAGUAAAUUAAUCUAUUAUUAAACUUAAUGGUAAGAACAUUAUCUGUGUCGUGCAGUCCUUUUUUUCCGUAAUUUUAAUCGUAAGUGAGAUAUCACCAUUUUUAAAUUUACCAUAUAUCGUGCAGUUGUAAAAUGGAGACUUUUUAAAAAUUUAAAAAUAUUUUCAAGAGCAAUUCCACGCUUAACAAAACUACCAUCCGGUGCCAGGAAAAAAGUAGAAUUCACUCUCAUAUAUUUUGUAACUUAAUUUAUAUAAUGUAGACAUUAAUAAAUCAUUAUUCAUUACAAAUGAAAAAAAAUUCAUGCAAUUUAAACAAGUUGUGUAAAGCAUAGGUCAUACUAUUUAUUUUAUAGAUAACUCUAUGACUCUGUUACAUUUUAUUGUACGGACAUACAUAUAUGAAUGUAAAGAACCAAUGAAAGAACCUUUACCUGUGCCAGAACCCAGUGAUGUAGACAGAGCAGCACAUGUAACAUUUGAUGAUUUACAACAAGGACUUAAAGAGCUAACCAUAAAAUUAGCCGGUUAGUAAUGGCUUAAAAAAAAAACCUAAAAUAUUCUAUUGACAAUAAUAUUAAUUUAUUUUCUAUAGGUUGUAAAAAAAAAACUGAUAAAGUAAUAUUAUCAUCAGCGUAUGAUAACUUGGAACCAUUUAAGACAAAAAUGGAAUCAUUCAUAUCAUUGGGUAUGUUGGACAUGUUAUUUAUAUUAAUGAAUCAAAUAUUAAAAUACCUAACUGACAAUUUUGUUUAUUUAUUAUUUAUUCUAAUUUUUAAUUUAUUUACCAUAAAUACAAAAUAAAUUUAUAUAAUAUAUGUAUUAUUUCAUUAUCAUUUAUAAUGUUUACAGCUCAUAGACAAUUAGAAAAUGAACGUGAGAAUUUAGAAGAGAGUAAAAAACUGUAAGAAAUUACAUUUUAGAUAAUGCUUUAAUGUGUUUUAUUAAAAUACAAUGUAACAAUUUUAAAUCUGUUUUAUUUUUCUAGAUUUAUUAAGCUAAUGCGUUUUUAUCAAUUUCAACCAAAAGACAGUAAAAGUCUUUUAGAGGUAGCACCUAAGGAUUUCUUUCCACUAUGGUUACCAUUCUGUACAGACUUUAAAGAUUUUUGGAAUAUGGAACAACAACGAAUAGUAAAAGAAAAGUAAUAAUGAUUAUAAUUAAUAUUAUACGCUAUAAUAAUCUAAUUCCAAGAGCUCUAGUUAAAGUGUGUAAAUAUUAUUUCAGACUUUUAGAAAGUAAAAGAAGAACAAAAGAAAGACAACAAUUAGUUAGGACAAAUAAAAAAUCACUUGAAGGACUGGUAAUAUUUAUUAUUCUAUUAAUUGUAAUAUAUUAAAUAUCUUAACACAAAUACCUACUAAUGUAUAUUUUUCUUUAGAAAAACCAAAUUCAAUCAAAAUUUAAAUAAUUUUCAAAUAUUAAUUUCGCAAGCGAAAAAUACAAUUUAAUCAAAUUCAAGACUGAACUUAUGUUGUUUUAUUAUAUUAUAAUAGUCUAUGAUAAAAACAUUAUGAAAAAUGUCUAAAUGAACAGUUAAUCUAAGGUAAUAUUUUUGUUUUUCUAUAGGAGUAAAAAUGUUACAAUAAUGAAAUUAUUAUUGUUAUGAAUUGAGAGUUUAAAAUAUUGUUCAUAUAUUAACUUCAAGAUUAUAUUCAUACACGGUUGUAUUUUAAGCUUGUAAAACAAAAUUUUUUUUUUUAAUUGUUGGAUUAAUAUUAUAAAGACUGACUAGAUAUUUUAAGUUAAUCUAUAUACCUACUAGACAUUCAUUGAAUAUAAUAUUAUAAUUAUAUUAC